AUGAAGCUUCAGGCGGUGAUGGAGAACCUGCAGAGGCAACAGAGAGCCCGCCUGCAGCAGGAAAUGGAGUCGCGCCAGCCUCCGCCGGCCGAUCCGCCGGGCGCGCUUCCGGUUCCUGCCGCGGCAGUGAUGGCCUUCUCCCGCAGCCGUAGCCAGGAGCCCGCCGCCGAGGAGGCAGGGGAACCGGAGAGCGCCCGGAUCCAGCGGGCGCAGAUGGCGGCACUGGCGGCCAUGCGGGAGGCGGCUGCCGGCCUGAGCCAGUCGUCGAGCCCCGGCCCGUCAGAGGCCAGCCGCGGCUCGGCGGAGGAGGAAGAAGAGGAGGAGGAGGAGGACGAGGAAGACGACGGAGGGGUGUUCCCGCGGGAAGCGGUCUCCGAGGACGAGGAGAUGUGAGUAUUGCCCUUUAUCCCGGAGCGAUGAGGACCGGCUGUGCCGGAUUUACGUACAGUGGUACCACGGGUUACGUACUUAAUUCGUUCCGGAGGUCCGUUCUUAACCUGAAACUGUUCUUAAGCUGAAGCAUCACUUUAGCUAAUGGGGCCUCCCUUUGCCGCUGCAUGAUUUCUAUUCUCAUCCUGAAGCAAAGUCCUUAACCUGAGGUACUAUUUCUGGGUUAGCGGAGUCUGUAACCUGAAGUGUAUGUAACCUGAAGCAUCUGUAACCCGAGGUACCACUGUAUAAGCUAAACAAGCUGUAGCUUAGGGCCCCGCUCUCUCGGGGGUCCCAAACAAAUUUAAAGGGGAAAAAACUGGAUGUACAUUUCCAAAAUAUAAGAUAGAAAACAAAUGAAAUAAAACCUACAUCCAGGAACAGUGUUUUGCGUUGUGUAGGCUCCUAGGAUGUAAGUCAUGGGCCCCGCCUGCUAGCCUGCUCCCCAAAAUAUUACUGGUUAGAUAGCGUAUUUUUCUCUGUAUAAGACGCACCAGACCACGAGACGCACCUAGUUUUUGGAGGAGGAAAACAAGAAAAAAAAUAUUCUGAAUCUCAGAAGCCAGAAGAGCAAGAGGGAUCGCUGCGCAGUGAAAGCAGCAAUCCCUCUUGCUGUUCUGGCUUCUGGGAUAGCUGCGCAGCCUGCAUUCGCUCCAUAAGACGCACACACAUUUCCCCUUACUUUUUAGGAGGGAAAAAGUGAGUCUUAUAGAGCAAAAAAUACGGUACCUAUUAGGUCCAUCGAACGUGCUCCAUUUUGAGUGUUACAAUGAUCCCUUGCUAGCGGGACCAGUGGUCAGGGAUGAUGGGAAUUGUAGUCUCGAAAAAUCUGGAGGACCUACGGCUUAUGCAGACUCUAUGGAAGAGCUUCCCCUCUGUCCUCUUAGCUCAGCGGUUCUCAACCUGCAGGUCCGCAGAUGUUGUUGGACUACAACUCCCAUCACCCCUGAGCUCUGGCCUUGCUCGCUAGGGAUGAUGGGAGUUGUAGUUCAACAACACCUGGGGGUGUUGAGAAAGGCUGCCUUAAGCUCAGCUUACCCCACGCUUCCUCAACCAGAUGUUUUGGGCCUACAACUCCCAUGAUCCCUUGCUAGCAGGACCAGUGGUCAGGGAUGAUGGGAAUUGUAGUCUCGGAACAUCUGGAGGACCUACGGCUUAUGCAGACUCUAUGGAAGAGCUUCCCCUCUGUCCUCUUAGCUCAGCGGUUCUCAACCUGCGGGUCCCCAGAUGUUGUUGGACUACAACUCCCAUCAUCCCUGAGCUCUGGCCUUGCUAGCUAGGGGUGAUGGGAGUUGUAGUCCAGCAACAUCUGGGGACCCACAGCUUGAGGAAGGCUGCCUUAAAAGGUGGACAACCUGCCGUUUGCUUCUGGGGAAGAAAGAAAGGAGCUGGAGGGAACAAAAUAAGCUUGUAUUUCUCCUGAUUUUUAUUAAUUUAUUUUGGAAAGUGUUUCUCUGAAGGAGAGAAGAAGAAAAGUUUUUAGAAAGACUCAGAUUGGGUGAUUUAAUAAGGCGCUUGCAAGGUUUCUCGUCCCCCAGCUUGGAAAAAUAGCAAAGAGUUUGGAUCCUUGGGAAAUAACUUGAAAAAUCAGUUUCCCUGACUGGCCUCCUGUUUCUCUGCCGCUUCCUUGCCCCACCCUGAUCUGCUUGGGGUCAGGAGACAAUAUAAACAGGGAGGAGAGACCAGUUUGGCAGGUUCUCCCCCCCCCUUGCUGCCACCCCCUUUCGAUUUACGUUCCUGAUCCCUCUCUGAAAAAUUUCCAGCUGUUUUGAAAGCGGCUGUGUUUUCCGAAGUUCGGAGAGAUUCCCCCUCCCCUCGGAAAAAUUGAAGCAACAACUGUUUAUUAUUAUUAUUAUUAUUAUUAUUAUUAUUAUUAUUAUUAUUAUAGCUGUCAACGUUUCCCCUUUUUUAAGGGAAAUUCCCUUAUUCCAAAUAGGAUUCCUCGCAAGAAAAGGGAAAAAUUGACAGCUAUUAUUAUUAUUAUUAUUAUUAUUAUUAUUAUUAUUUUAGUGUUCUGAAUAAUUUGCCGAAUCGAUUGUUCAGAGACCCUAAUGGGAGCUGCAGGCCAGAGACACGCGUUUAGAGCUGGGAGUGGGGAUUCCGCAAGGGCCAUCUAGCAGCUAAAGGAUCCCGGCCUUUAUUUUAAAACCUGUGCCACCUUCUGGCUCUGACUGCUGCUUCCUAAUAAUAAUAAUAAUAAUAAUAAUAAUAGUAAAAUUUUAUUUAUAUCCCACCCUCCCCAGCCGAAGCUGGGCUCAGGGCGGCUAACAACAGUAAAAGUAAUACAGUUUACAUAAAAUCACAACCAGUUACCGUAUUUUUCGCUCUAUAGGACGCACUUUUCCCCCUCCAAAAAUAAAGGGGAAAAGUGUGUGCGUCCUAUGGGGCGAAUGCAGGCUUUCGCUGAAGCCUGGAGAGCGAGAGGGGUCGGUGCGCACCGACCCCUCUCGCUCUCCAGGCAGCUAACCGCAAGCCGGCGGAGCCCGCGAGAACUCCCGCUGGGCUCCGCAGGCUUGCGGACAGCUGCCUGCAGCCCGAAGCCUGGGGAGCGCGGCGCUGUGUACCCCGCGCUUCAGGCAGUUCUCUGCAAGCCUGCGGAGCCCAGCGGGAGUUCUGGCAGUUCUCUGCAAGCCUUCAGAGCCCGGCGGGAGUUCCUCUGAAGGCUUGCGGAGAGCAGCCUGCUUUCCCCGAAGCCAAAACAGCGAGACGGGUCGCUGUGCAGCCCUCCGUCUCGCUGUUCCGGCUUUGGGACGGCUGCGCAAAGCCUCUGCAGGGCAGCAGGGUGAAGGCACCCUGGCGCCCUGCGGAGGCUACAAAGGAUAUCCCCGAAGCCUCAAGCCUUUGGAGUGCAGCUGUGCAGCCCCACAAGCUCGGGGGGCCUGCUAGUGAACGCAACUUGAACGCACCUUGUUUUUGAGGGGGAGAACAAGGGAAAAAAUCCCCCCCCUAUUCUCCCCCUCCUUUGGUCCGGUGCGUCCAAUAGAGCGAAAAAGACAGUACCGUAUAUCCCGCCCUCCCCAGCCAAAGAUGGGCUCAGAGCAGCUAGCAGCAGUAAAAGUAACACAGUUUACAUAAAAUCACAACCAAUUAAUUGAAAUACUUUCUAAAAUCAAUUCAUUCUAAAGUCAAUUCAGAAUCAAAUUAGUGGCCAGUUCCGGGUUAAGAAACUUGAUGACUAGAAACCUGCUUUUCUCUAGAGGGGGGAAGGGCCCGUAGCGUAGCGGACGGCGGUUCCCGGGGGUGGGAUAUGCUGCCGGCCCGUGCCUGCGGUGCUGAGCUAGGCGUUCCUUCGGCCCCUGACCUCUUCCUCUUUCUGGACCCCCCCCCCAGGAAAGCCAAAUGGGCCGACGAGGAAUUCGACGAAGACCUUGUCGAGGAGGAAGAGGACGAUUAUGACGACGACGAGGAAAUGGCGGAGGAGGAAGGGGUCCCCAUGUCCGGGGAGGCUGCCCGUUCGAGCCCGGGCCCCCCGCUUCUCCGCAAGCAGCAGCCCACCUUGCCCUACAGGGGGGAGACGUCCAGACUGGCCGGGGGUCCCGAGAGACUUUCGGCCUCGCUGCCCCACCUGUCCCAGGUGCAAACCCAACCCCUGGACCAUGGCGACUGGACCUACGAGGAACAGUUCAAGCAGGUAAGCUUCCGCGGGAAGCUUUCUUUUUUUCCUUCCAGGUUUCGGCGGACAAGCCUGGGGCUUCGGCUGGGAAGGGUGGGAUACUGCCAAACUCUACCUCUCUUUCAAAUCGGAACCAGUGAAGGCGGUGAAGGUCCUGUGUGAGUGUCUGGAGGCGGUUGGAGGAUGGAUGGCGGCUAACGGAUUGAGGUUGAAUCCUGACAAGACAGAAGGACUGUUUUUGGGGGACAGGGGGCGGGCAGGUGUGGAGGAUUCCCUGGUCCUGAAUGGGGCGACUGUGCCCCUGAAGGACCAGGUGUGCAGCCUGGGAGUCAUUUUGGACUCACAGCUGUCCAUGGAGGCGCAGGUCAAUUCUGUGUCCAGGGCAGCUCCAUCUGGUACGCAGGAUGAGACCCUCCCUGCCCGCGGACUGUCUGGCCAGAGUGGUGCAUGCUCUGGUUAUCUCCCGCUUGGACUACUGCAAUGCACUCUAUGUGGGGCUACCUUUGAAGGUGACCUGGAAACUACAACUAAUCCAGAAUGCGGCAGCUAGACUGAUGACUGGGAGCGGCCGCUGAGACCACAUAACACCGGUCCUGAAAGACCUACAUUGGCUCCCAGGACAUUUCCGAGCACAAUUCAAAGUGUUGGUGGUGACCUUCAAAGCCCUAAACGGCCCAGUAUUCCUGAAGGAGCGUCUCCACCCCCAUCGUUCUGCCCGGACACUGAGGUCCAGCUCCGAGGGCCUUCUGGCGGUUCCCUCAUUGCGAGAAGUGAGGUUACAGGGAACCAGGCAGAGGGCCUUCUCGGUGGUGGCGCCCGCCCUGUGGAACACCCUCCUGUCAGAUGUCAAAGAGAAAAGUAACUACCAAACCUUUAGAAGACAUCUGAAGGCAGCCCUGUUUAGGGAAGCUUUUAAUGUUGAAUAGGUUAUUGUGUUUUAGUGUUUUGUUGGAAGCUGCCCAGAGUGGCUGGGGGGACCCAGCCAGAUGGGCGGGGUAUAAAUCAUAAAUUAUUAUUAUUAUUAUUAUUAUUACUGCUGAAAAGCACUCUGCACGGGCCCAGGGGCUCUGCAAAACCUGCGUUUUCCGAGGGCUGCUUUCUCCGACUCGCACCCCCAGAUUGUCGGCAGGCUGCGAUGUGAACUACAACUCCCACUGGCUGGGAGCAAUGGGAUUUGUGACCCGGUUUUUAUAAAGGUUUGGGGCUUGAAGGGAGAUUGUCGAAAUCUGGAAAGGCUUCUUCGGCCCCUUUGUGUGGCUUUUGCUAAGGCCGUGUGUGUGUGUGUUUACGACAAAGAUAAGCCGAAUUUUUCCAUUUGAAAUUCAGCCGUGUCAAAGUCCGCAAGAGGGAGGGGGGGGAGAAUCUUGCUAGUCUGGAAAUAUUUAUCCCCUGGCAAAACGGACCGGCGUCAACUAGACUUUCCUGGGUGCCGCAAUAAAAAAAACAACAACGCCAUGGUUCUUUGGAACCAGCUCGUCCGGGUUUUGCCUCGACCCGCCACUUUGCUUUCUGUGUGCUGAAGUUUAAACAGAAGACGUUCUUGCGUUUCCUUAAAGAUGCCCUUUCCUAAUUUCAGCCAGCAAACAUACAGCAAAAAUAUAGGGGUUGGCUUUCGUAUUUUAUUUUAGAAAGAAAGCAUUUGGGGUCGCUUUGAAUGGCGGCGUCCGGAGAAAAGAGAGUUCUCUGCGCCCAAUAGCUUGCUUUUGUGGGGAAGCGCAUUGUGUGAUCCAAAAGCCUGCCACGCCGACGAAGAGCUCUGUGCAGCCUGAAAGCUUGCUGAAAUAAAAACGGGGUAUUUUCCCCAGGAUUCCCGAACGCACACAAGGUAUUAAGAACAUAAGAAAAGCUGGGCAUUAUAAGAGAGUGCUUUUCUUAACGUUAUUGCUACGGCGCAUGUGUUUCCGGCGUCCCGGCGGGGAAAAAUACCCCACGUUUUCAUGUUUAGCAAGCUUUCGGAUCGCACUGGGUGCUGCUUCUUCAGAUAGUGGGUGGCAGCUAGCUCUCUCCUUCCCCACGGGUUUGAAUUUUGAACCCGUCGAGGUGCGUGGUCGAUCGGCGCCUCCUGCAAAGAGCAAGCUUUGCGGCUUAACUGCACGCUGCGCAGAGAAGUUAGCAUUUCGACAAACGUUUAUCCCGUGUAGCUGGAAUUGCAGCCUGCAAUUCAUCCGGUUAUCUGCGUGAAUCUCUUCUUUCUUUCUUUCUUUCUUUCUUUCUUUCUUUCUUUCUUUCUUUCUUUUCUCUCUCUCUCUCUCUCUCUCUCUCUCUCUUUCCUUUCUCUCUCUUUCUCUCUCUUUCCUUUCUCUCUUUCUCUUUCUCUCUCUCUCUCUCUCUCUCUCUCUCUCUCUUCCUCUCUUCUCUCUCUUUCUCUCUCUCUCUCUCUCUCUCUCUCUCUCUCUCUCUCUCUCUCUCUCUCUCUCUCUCUCUCUCUCCUUUCUUUCUUUCUUUCUUUCUUUCUUUCUUUCUUUCUUUCUUUCUUUCUUUCUUGGUUUUUUCCCCGCCGGCAAUUAUUGCAAGAGAUGUCCUUUGCAACAAACUGAUCAGAAACACACCCAGAGAGAGAGGAAGAGAAAGCAGUAAUUUAGCGGCUCCGACCUCCCCCACCCCAAAAUCUACUCUCUUAUUCCUUUUUUGUGUGUGUGUGGAGAAAGAAACCCUUCCUUUCUUUCCGGCAGGCUCCCUCGCUCCUUGUUUGAUCAGUCCGGUCUGGGUAUUGAAUCAGGGAAGCUGUAGACCUAAUAGAAGGAAAUCGCUCUCUUUGCAAGGUCCUUCUCCCUAGAGGACCGCCUUCCUUUGAUGUCUGAGUUGUAAAUACAUGGGGAAUUUGGGUGGGGGGGAGAGAAAAAUCAGCGGCAAACCAAAGAGCAGCAGAUGGAAUCCAGAUGGGAAGAGAGAGAGAGGUUUAUUAUUAUUAUUAUUAUUUAUUAACAAAGCGGCGGGAGUAAUUUGAAAACAAGCGCUUCAUCAUUUCAGGAGGAAAAUGCUUGCUUCUGUAUACCCUCCUGGUUCCAUACAUUGGAUUUUGUUUUUUAAGGUUUCAUUCUCAGAUAAGGGCUGUUUUGAGUACAUCGGAGGUGGGAGAGGUUCCCUGUCGCCUCUCUCGGCGAGUCUCUGCUGUGCAAGGAGGCAAGCUUUCCCUCCUUGCUAAUGGCGGCCGACUUAUUGCCUUGUAUUUCCUGGGGGGGGGUGUGUGUGCUGAUUUGCUUCUGGUGCGGAGAGGUUCCCCGCUGUAUCUCUGGAUGAGUCCCCAGCAGCCUCACGCUAAGCCGGAGCGUCAGACCACCAAGCUCAGUAACAUCCGGCAGUGGCUAUUUAGGGUCUCCGGUUGUCGCCAGUCGAGCCUCGGAGGGUGGAGGCUGAUUCUAGCCACCCCCCUUGGGAGAGUCUGCCCGCUGCAUCUCUGUAUGACUUAAUCAAGCUGGAGAUUGUUGUUGUUGAGUCGUUUAGUCGUGUCCGACUCUUCGUGACCCCCUGGACCAGAGCACGCCAGGCACUUCUGUCUUCCACUGCCUCCCGCAGUUUGGUCAAACUCAUGCUGGUCGCUUCGAGAACACUGUCCAGCCAUCUCGUCCUCCGUCGUCCCCUUCUCCUUGCGCCCUCCAUCGUUCCCAACAUCAGGGUCUUUUCCAGGGAGUCUUCUCUUCUCCUGAGGUGGCCAAAGCCUUGGAGCCUCAGCUUCAGGAUCUGUCCUUCCAGUGAGCACUCAGGGCUGAUUUCCUUCCGAAUGGAGAGGUUUAAUCUUCUUGCAGUCCAUGGGACUCUCAAGAGUCUCCUCCAGCACCAUAAUUCAAAAGCAUCCAUUCUUCGGCAUUCAGCCUUCUUUAUGGUCCAGCUACCAAAGAGCUAGGGAUGCGGGUGGCGCUGUGGGUUAAACCACAGAGCCUAGGGCUUGCCAAUCUGAAGGUCGGCGGUUCGAAUCCCCACGACGGGGUGAGCUCCCGUUGCUCGGUCCCUGCUCCUGACAACCUAGCAGUUCGAAAGCACCUCAAAGUGCAAGUAGAUAAAUAGGUACCACUCCGGCAGGAAGGUAAACGGCGUUUCCAUGCGCUGCUCUGGUUCGCCAGAAGCGGCUCAGUCAUGCUGGCCACAUGACCCGGAAGCUGUACGCCGGCUCCCUCGGCCAAUAAAGCGAGAUGAGCGCCACAACCCCAGAGUCGGCCACCGCUGGACCUAACGGUCAGGGGUCCCUUUACCUUUACCCCAGAGCUAAACUUGGGCGGAUGUCAACCCUUUAUUUUCUCCUCCCUUUCGGCUUGGAAACUUUGGGGCGGUUCUGUUUGGCUCUUGUCGGCCACCUAAGUCGCUGCCUCUGGGGAUCAAGACCUUGGGAGGGGGAAGAGACAGAGAGAUAGCGGGCAGCAUGGCAGGGUGUGUCUGAGAUAAGCCCGCUUAAUUCCCUGGGUGGGGCAGACUCGGCCGAGUAAGCAAGGCCAGACGCCCUGGAUUUUUGGCUGCGGGGUCCGCAGGUCGGAGCGGUCCCAAAUUUGAAAGUCUUGGCCGUGUGUUUUUCCCCCGUGCCGAUGACGCAGUGCUGGUUAAAGGCAGGGGGUACGUCCCUCUACCCAAAUGUUCUGGGACUCUCAGCUAUCUAUGGGCUCCUUUCUGAUUUUAAAUUGCAUUUGAACCUGUACUUUAAAUUGGUUUCCCCCCCAUUAUGAUUUUACUGUAAUUUUACUACCGCAAAGCACCCCUGGAUCGGAUUUUGAGGUUCCCCAGGCACUGUGAGCGCAAUUUUGAGCUUCUCUUCACCUCCUUGGGAGCUAGAAGUCUGCUCCCUAUCAACUAAACAUUAAUUGACUACACAGCAUCUAACGGAGGGGUCAGCAGACUUUUUCAGCAGGGGGCCGGUCCACAGUCCCUCAGACCUUGUGGGGAGCCGGACUAUAUUUUUGGGGUGGAAAAUGAACGAAUUACUAUGCCCCACAAAUAACCCAGAGAUGCAUUUUAAAUAAAAGCACAAAUUCUACUCGUGUAAAAACACGCUGAUUCCCGGACCGUCCGCGGGCCGGAUUGGGCCGGAUCCGGCCCCCGGGCCUUCAUUUGCCUGCCCAUGGUUUAAGGAGCUGUGGGGCGCCCGACGUAUAUAUCUCCGAGUUUCUUUCCCCCCCAAAAAACUUUUUUUAUUGAUUUUCCACAUUUCCGCAUACAAAAACAGUCUAACAUCUUUUGGGGGCUAUACAGUGGUACCUCGGGUUAAGUACUUGAUUCGUUCCGCAGGUCCGUUCUUAACCUGAAACGGUUCUUAACCUGAAGUACCGCUUUAGCUCAUGGGGCCUCCGGCUGCUGCCGCGCGAUUUCUGUUCUCAUCCUGAAGCAAAGUUCUUAACCUGAAGCACUAUUUCUGGGUUAGCGGAGUCUGUAACCUGAAGCGUAUGUAACCCGAGGUACCACUCUAUCUCCAAAUUUCUAACCCGGGUCAGGACUCUCUCUACGCAUGCCGGGUUGCGGCAACCGCCGGCUCAGCCUCUGCCCCUCCUCAGAGCCGCGCUUUGGGGUUAAGAAGUCACCCGGCUGCGCCGCUGCCAAGAUCCUCCUUCGCGGGACGGCCCCAGAGGUGGCGGCGGCGGUAGCGCUUUGGCAAGCCCUGGCUCGCCGGCUCCUCCAAGAGCGCCGUUCUGUUUACAUUCCUGCGUUCCUCCUCCUCCUCUCCCCCGGGCGUCUCUCUGCCAAGGUUGCGGCCGACCAGCUGAGCUUGGAGAGUGUUCAGAGCCGAGUCGUCUUCUCCUUGGAGCGGGGCCAAGCGGGACUCCCAGCCAAGCGCUUGAACGCUGGCCGGGAUCCAGAGGCAAGCGCUCGCUGCUCCGUCAUGUAUCGGGGAAAGGCAAUCCCCAAAGCCGGCUUUUCCCUUUCGCAAACGCACAAAGUCUCAUUGCUCAGACGGGUGUUGUUGUUUAGUCGUUUAGUCGUGUCCGCCUCUUGGUGACCCCCUGGACCAGAGCACGCCAGGCCCUCCUGUCUUCCACUGCCUCCCGCAGUUUGGUCAAACUCAUGCUGGUAGCUUCGAGAACACUGUCCCACCAUCUCGUUCUCUGCCAUCCCCUUCUCCUUGUGCCCUCCAUCUUUCCCAACAUCAGGGUCUUUUCCAGGGAGUCUUCUCUUCUCAUGAGGUGGCCAAAGUCUUGGAGCCUCAGCUUCAGGAUCUGUCCUUCCAGUGAGCACUCAGGGCUGAUUUCCUUCAGAAUGGAGAGGUUUGAUCUUCUUGCAGUCCAUGGGACUCUCAAGAGUCUCCUCCAGCACCAGAAUUCAAAAACAUCCAUUCUUCGGCAAUCGGCCUUCUUGAUGGUUCAGCUCUCACUUCCCUCAGGCGGGUAGGAUUGUGCAGUUGCAAGGGACCUCCACCGGUCAUCUAGCCCAACCCGGUUAGGGAUCCAUGGUGGUUGUUGUUUUUUAAAAUAAUUUUUAUUAAUGUUCUGUUUGAACAUACAGUGGUACCUCGGGUUAAGAACUUAAUUCGUUCCGGAGGUCCGUUCUUAACCUGAAACUUUUCUUAACCUGAAGCACCACUUUAGCUAAUGGGGCUUCCUGCUGCCGCCGCGCGAUUUCUGUACUCAUCCUAAAGCAAAGCUCUUAACCCAAGGUAAUAUUUCUGGGUUAGCAGAGUCUGUAACCUGAAGCAUCUGUAACCUGAGGUACCACUGUAUAUAAUCACAUCAUUAUUAACCACUUUACCUCUUUGGCUUCUUAGUGCAGGGGUCAGCAAACUUUUUCAGCAGGGGGCCGGUCCGCUGUCCCUCAGGCCUUGUGGGGGGCCGGACUAUAUUUUGAAAAAAAUAAAAAAUGAAGAAAUCCCUAUACCCCACAAGUAGCCCAGAGAUGCAUUUUAAAUAAAAGCACACAUUCUACUCAUGUAAAAACACGCUGAUUCCUGGACCGUCCGCGGGCCGGAUUGAGAAGGCGAUUGGGCCGGAUCCGGCACCCGGGCCUUAGGUUGCCUACCCAUGCCUUAGAGCCUAUGGACUUCCUUCCAUCCUGUCUCUGGGCUUUCAAAGUUUAACCUUUAUAUCACAGCAUUUUAUAUAUUUUCCAAUUCUAAUAAAGCUCAAUCCCAAAAGACCUCAAAGUUUGAAUAAAUGUAGAAAAAAAUAAUCGUAAAAUAUGCCGGGAUUUAUGAUAUGCGGAAUGAACCGUGGAAAGAGAAGAAGGGCAGUCGUUGAUAUUUUAAGGAUGUUUAAAUGAGUGCAGUGGAACCUCGGUUGUCAAACGUAAUCUGUUCCGGAAGACUGUUCGACUUCUGAAACGUUUGGCAGUUUCCAUCGAGAAGAUGGAAAAACACGCUCGACUUCCGAGUCUCCUUCGAAUACGGAAGCAAUUCCUUCCAGGUUUUCGGCGUUCGGCUUUUGAAACGUUCAGCUCCUCUGAACGAGGUUCCGCUGUAUUUCACAUUGUAAAAACAGAAAAUUUAAUAAUAAUUGUGUGUCGGGGGGGGGAGAGAAUUGCAGUCUGCCGGGCGCAGCAGUAGAGGAAAGCGCAACGGGCAGGGUGGAGGAAAGAAAGCGUUGCUGCAAGGUGCCUAUUCUGUGACUCAACAAGACAGGGCUGGGCUCGUCUCCACCAUCCGGCCCCCCACCCAGGGCGAUAGCUUCCUAGGGAGGGCCCCCCCCCCAGAGCAAACCUUGCGUAAUUCGGACGUUGCGUGCCGGAACUCUUUGUUGUUCAAAGCGUGUUUGUGUGUGUGUGUUUUUGUAGAAAACUGACCGAGUUACUGGAAGAUCUUCUGUCGCGGCUGUUGAUUUCUGAGCAGAACUUCCUAUUUUCUCUCUCUUAUUUCCUCCCCAUAUUCUAACUCCUGCCUUGCAAACGGAGGGUUCCCACAGCACUGUGUUUUCCCUGACACCACUUUUGGGUGAAGACGACGGUUUCCUUGCGUGGCCUUGCAUCAUUCUGCAAAAACCCGGCUGCGUGGAAAGGGGCCGUGUCCCUUCCUGGCCGUUCGCGCCUGCAGCGAGCAAACCGGUCAUAAUAAUAAAAUAGUAAUAAUUUAUUAUUUACGCCCUGCCCAUUUGGCUGGCUGGGUUUCCCCAGCCGCUCUGGGCGGCUUCCGACAAAAUAUUAAAAUACAAUAGUAUUUUUAGCUUCCCUAAAGAGGCCUUCAGAGGUCUUCGAAAAGCCAGUUUCUGGAUCGUUCCCACGUUAAACCUUUGGGUGGAUUCAUUUUUGAACCAGCGCAGAAUUUUCUCUCUCUUUUUAAAAAGAAAGCGCAUCAUUUCUUCAUUACUGGACCACCUCCGGUUAUAGAGAGCUGUCGGAACGACGUUGUUUUUGGGCAGGUCUGCUUUUGAGUAGGGAAGGCGCUGGGCGCAACCCUCUGGGCGAUAUAUUCCUAAACCCACCGAAUCAUAGAGUUGGAAGAGGGAGCCGCGAAGGUCAUCCAGCCCAACCCCGCUGCAAUGUAGGGAUUUUGGCUAAAGCAUCCAGGACAGAGGGCCGGUCUGACCGCUGCUUAAAAGCCUUGCAAGGAAGGAGAGUCCACUGCCUUCGGCCCCAUGGCUGGACAAUGCUUACUGCGUCCCAAGGAGUUGGAAUCUCCUUCCUGUGUGAUUUGAGGGCACGGGUUCGAGUCUCCGUGCAGGAGAAAACAAGCUGAAAAAUAGAAUAGAAAAUAGAAAAUAGAAGAUAGAAGAUAGAAGAUAGAAGAUAGAAGAUAGAAAAUAGUGGACACUCGGGUUGCGAACAUGAUCCAUGUAGUAAGCACGUUCUUAACCCACAGUGCUGCGUCUGCGCACGUGCUGGUCACGAUUCGGUGGUCCUGCGCAUGUGCAAAGCGCCGAAACCCAGAAGUAACCCAUUCCAGUACUUCCGGGUUUUGGCGCGUCCGUAACCCGAAAAAACGCAACCUGAAGCGUCUGUAACCUGAGGUAUGACUGUAUAGAAUAUAGAAUAUAGAAUAUAGAAUAUAGAAUAGACUAUAGAAUAGAAUACAGUGAUACCUCGGGUUACAGACGCUUCAGGUUACAGACUCCGCUAACCCAGAAAUAGUACCUCGGGUUAAGAACUUUGCUUCAGGAUGAGAACAGAAAUCGCGCGGCGGCAGCGGGAGGCCCCAUUAGCUAAAGUGGUGCUUCAGGUUAAGAACAGUUUCAGGUUAAGAACGGACCUCCAGAAUGAAUUAAGUUCUUAACCCGAUGUACCACUGUAUAGAAUAUAGAGAACAGGAUACAGUGGUACAUCAGGUUAAGUACUUAAUUCGUUCCGGAGGUCCGUACUUAACCUGAAACUGUUCUUAACCUGAAGCACCACUUUAGCUAAUGGGGCCUGCUGCUGCUGCCGCGCCGCCGCAGCAUGAUUUCUGUUCUCAUCCUGAAGCAAAGUUCUUAACCUGAAGGAAUAUUUCUGGGUUAGCGGAGUCUGUAACCUGAAGCGUAUGUAACCUGAGGUACCACUGUAGAGUAUAGAAUAUACAAUAGAACAGAAUAUAGAAUAGAAUAGACGUGAUUGAUUUAGCUUCAUUAAUUUAAGCAGGUCUGCUCUGAACACACCCAAACGGACCUUUUCUUGCAGGUUUACAAUGGCCGUAAUAACACGUGUGGACACAAACAAAUCCCAAGCGUACCCACUCUCGCAAACAUGUGUUUGUGUGUGUGUGUGGACACAGACACACAAAACAACCCCAUCGCUUAAGUUCUGGGUUUUUCGGGGCACUUUGGGCGACCUGUGGUGAGGGGAGGGGCCGGAGUAAGGAAAGGAAGUUUAUUGCAAGGGGGUCAGACUAGAAGACCUUUGGCGUCCUUUUUCCAGUUCUCUGAUUCCGCGAAUUAAAAAGCUGGUUUGCACGACGUCCCUGGUUUGCAGGUCAGACCCCGGGGGGUUUUGAUUGGAUUGCAAAAUAUAUUACUCUCUCCCACUAUCUCCCCCCCCCCCAAAAAAAACCCAUCCCCCUCGACACCGGACUUUUUCUUCUCGCUUUCUUGGGUUGUGUAAGUUUUGGCAAGGCACCGGGUUGCAGGGAGCAGGUCGGCGAAUCUGACGCAGCAGUUCUGAGGCACUGUGCGACGCACCUCCUGCUGUUGCUGCAAUUUCCUUCCUUCUGCCACCGCCAAAAAACAAAACGAAAAAAGAGAGAAGAGGUAGACGGUUGACUUCAAAGCAUCCGCCGGGCAUCCAGGAAGCGACGUCCUUUCUCGUGGGUUUGCGCUAAUUACAGGAGAAACUCGAGAAAUGAGAAUAUCGUGGAAAAGUUUAUUUCAGUAAUUCAACUUAAAAGGUGAAGCUAAUAUAUGAGAUAGACUCACGACAUGCAGAGAGAGAUAUGUCAAGCCUUUGUUGUUGUUGUUUAGUCGUUUAGUCGUGUCCGCCUCUUCGUGAACCCCUGGACCAGAGCACGCCAGGCCCUCCUGUCUUCCACUGCCUCCCGCAGUUUGGUCAAACUCAUGCUGGUAGCUUCGAGAAGACUGUCCAACCAUCUCGUCCUCCGUCGUCCCCUUCUCCUUGCGCCCUCCAUCUUUCCCAACAUCAGGGUCUUUUCCAGGGAGUCUUCUCCUCUCCUGUGGUGGCCAAAGUCUUGGAGCCUCAGCUUCAGGAUCUGUCCUUCCAGUGAGCACUCAGGGCUGAUUUCCUUAAGAAUGGAGAGGUUUGAUCUUCUUGCAGUCCAUGGGACUCUCAAGAGUCUCCUCCAGCACCAGAAUUCAAAAGCAUCCAUUCUUCGGCGAUCAGCCUUCUUUAUGGUCCAGCUCUCACUUCCAUACAUCACUACUGGGAAAACCAGAGCUUUUACUAUACGGACCUAAUGUCAAGCCUUUAUGUGUUAACAUUGUGAUGAUCAUGGCGUACAGCUGAUGAAAACCCCAAAUGAUCAUCACAGUUAUAACAAAUAAAGGCUUGACGUAUCUCUCUUUGCAUGUCAUGAGUCUAUCUCAUAGAUUAAGGUAAAGGUAAAGGUACCCCUGCCCGUACGGGCCAGUUGUGUCCGACUCUAGGGUUGUGUGCUCAUCUCACUCUAUAGGCCGGGAGCCAGCGCUGUCCGGAGACACUUCCGGGUCACGUGGCCAGUGUGACGAAGCUGCUCUGGCGAGCCAGCACCAGCGCAGCACACGGAAACGCCGUUUACCUUCCCGCUAUAAAGCGCUACCUAUUUAUCUACUUAGGGGACGUGGGUGGCGCUGUGGGUAAAAGCCUCAGUACCUAGGGGUUGCCGAUCGAAAGGUCGGCGGUUCGAAUCCCCGCGGCGGGGUGCGCUCCCGUUGCUCAUUCCCAGCGCCUGCCAACCUAGCAGUUCGAAAGCACCCCCGGGUGCAAGUAGAUAAAUAGGGACCGCUUACUGGCGGGAAGGUAAACGGCGUUUCCGUGCGCUGCGCUGGCUCGCCAGUUGCAGCUUGUCAUGCUGGCCACGUGACCCGGAAGUGUCUGCGAACAGCGCUGGCUCCCGGCCUAUAGAGUGAGAUGAGCGCACAACCAUAGAGUCUGUCAAGACUGGCCCGUACGGGCAGGGGUACCUUUACCUUUAUUUAUCUACUUGCACUUAAGGGUGCUUUCGAACUGCUAGGUGGGCCGGAGCAUGGGAAUCUCUCCUGUCACUAGACUCCCCAACCAAAUAAGCAAAACACAACACAAAGGAAUACGGAGAAAUACAGAAUAUCAGCUCAAGCAACCCUGUAUGCAACUAUAUAGGAAAAGGUAAAGGGACCCCUGACCAUUAGGUCCAGUCGUGACCGACUCUGGGGUUGUGGCGCUCAUCUUGCUUUACUGGCCGAGGGAGCCGGCGUACAGCUUCCGGGUCAUGUGGCCAGCAGGACUAAGCCGCUUCUGGCGAACCAGAGCAGCGCACGGAAAUGCAGUUUACCUUCCCGCCGGAGUGGUACCUAUUUAUCUGCUUGCACUUUGACGUGCUUUCGAGCUGCUAGGUUGGCAGGAGCAGGGACCGAGCAACGGGAGCUCACCCCGUCAUUGCGGGGAUUCGAACCGCCAGCCAUGCGAUUGGCAAGCCCUAGGCGCUGAGGUUUUACCCACAGCGCCACCCGCAUCCAUCUCAUAGAUUAGUUUCACCUUUUAAGUUGAAUUACUGAAAUAGAUGAACUUUCCCAAGAUAUUCUAAUUUUUCAAGUUUCACCUGUUGGUGUAUGAAGGGGAAGUGGCAUUUUUCUUAAGGAGGGGCGGGGAGACUCGAACUCGUGGCGUGGGUACCGAACGCCGGGAGAUUUCAGGACAGGGCGGGUAAAAGGGAAGGUUGGACUAUGGAACUGGCUUCUGCAGGAGGCAAGAGCGGCUGCUGACUUGGAUGGCUUUGGAAAAAGGGACAAAUUCAUAGAAUCGUAGCGUUGGGACCCGAGGGUCAUCUAGUCUGACCCUGCUCCCGCAGUCCAGGAAUCCCAACUGAAGCAUUCAGGACAGAUGGCCACCUGACCUCUGCUUAAAAACCUCCAAGGAAGGAGGACCGUUCCCAGCUCUUGCUGUCAGAUGUUGAGUCGGAAUCUCCUUCCUCACGGCUUGAAGCCACGGGUUCGAGUCCUGCCCUCUGGAGCAGGAGAAAACAAGCUUGCUCCCUCUUCCCUGCGAUAUCCCUUCAGCCAUUUGGAAGACGGCGCUCCUAUUCUCUAGGCUAAACAUCCCCAGCUCCUUCGACCGUUCCUCAUCAGGCUCAGUUUCCAGGCCCCGGCUGCCCUCCUUCCACCUUGCCGGCACCCUCCUUAAAAUGGGGCGCCCUGAACCCACAGGACUCCAGGCGCGGGUUGCGACCAAGGUGGGGCAGAACCCUCUCAAUAACGCCUCCUCUUCGAGCAGGGAUACUGGGGGAACUGGGGCCCCACCAGAUCUCCCAGUAGCGCCAGCCAGCCAGCUUGCAGACAGUGGCGAAGGACAAUGGGAACUGUAGUUUUUCAAACUUCCGGCGAGCCACAGCUCCCUUUGUCCCUCCAGAGACAAUCCAAACCGGAACGGGUCUCCGUCGUGUGUUGUCAGAACCUCCCCUAAUUUUCUCGCCAGCUGCAAACCUUUUUGAUCUCGUGAUCCCUUUUCAUCUCAUCCCGGUUCCUGACCUCCCUCUUGUUUGCGUCCUAGUUUUUAUUUUCCGAGCCGACAACAGUUCCUGUCUUCCUUUCUCCUCCGCCCACCUGGCCUCCUCGCCUUUCUAGUUUUUGUCUAUUUUAUGGGAGCGUCUAGACUCUUUAUGGCCUCCCCGGGAACAACAAACCUUUGCAGUCCUUCUGCUGGCAGUGACCUCUUUAAAAAAAAACACCAAAAUAUUUUAUUUUCCCUCUUAAUGGUGGGGCAAUUUAAGCCACGGCACAACUGAGCAAUAAAAGCUUUUUCCUCGCUCGCCCGAGUUUUGGGAUUGAUUCCCAGGGAAGCUGUGAAGGACCUGGCCCAAAUGCGGCGUUCUGUUUAGGCUUGGAAGGUUGCAUCACUCUGUCUCGCGGUGACCAGUGUGCUCUGUAACUUUCUCUGAAUGUUUCUGCGUUGGGUUUAACGCAGGCGUUUUUCUCCUGGCCCAAACUGGUGCCAAGGUCUCUUACGUUUAGCAAACACAGCCCAUUUCACAGAUAGGGAGACUGAGUCUCGCCCCACAGCCUUCCCCCCGCAGGAACAAAAUCCAUAGCUGGGUUUCCACCAAUCCAAACCAAGGUGAGCUGUGCAAGAGAUCAUCUGCAUACUUAUUUCAGUAAUUCAACUUAGAAGGUGAAACUAAUAGAUGAGAUAGACUCAUGACAUGCAAAGAGAGAUACAGUGGUACCUCGGGUUACAUACGCUUCAGGUUACAUACGCUUCAGGUUACACACUCUACUAAGCCAGAAAUAGUGCUUCAGGUUAAGAACUUUGCUUCAGGAUAAGAACAGAAAUUGUGCUCUGGUGGCGCGGCAGCAGCAGGAGGCCCCAUUAGCUAAAGUGGUGCUUCAGGUUAAGAACAGUUUCAGGUUAAGAACAGACCUCUGGAAUGAAUUAAGUACUUAACCUGAGGUACCACUGUAUGUCAAUCCUUUAUUUCUUAUCAUUGUGAUGAUCAUUUGGGGUUUUCAUCAGCCGUACGCCAUGACCAUCACAAUGAUAACAAAUAAGGGAUUGACAUAUCUCUCUUUGCAUAUCUCAUCUAUUAGUUUCGCCUUUGAAGUUGAAUUACUGAAAUAAAUGAACUUUCCCACAAUAUUCUAAUUUUUUGAGCUUCACCUGUAUGUAUAUAUAUAUAAAUGUAGAUAAAGGAAAAGGGACCCCUGACCAUUAGGUCCAGUCGUGGCCGACUCUGGGGUUGUGGCGCUCAUCUCGCUUUAUUGGCCGAGGGAGCCGGCGUACAGCUUCUGGGUCAUGUGGCCAGCAGGACUAAGCCGCUUCUGGCGAACCAGAGCAGCGCACGGAAACGCCGUUUACCUUCCUGCUGGAGCGGUACCUACUUAUCUACUUGCACUUUGACAUGCUUUCGAAGUGCUAGGUUGGCAGGAGCAGGGACCGAGCAACGGGAGCUCACCCCGUCAUCGCGGGGAUUCAAACCGCCGACCUUUGGAUCAGCAAGUCCUAGGCUCUGUGGUUUAACCGCCACCCCAUAAACGUACCGUAUUUUUCGCUCUAUAAGACGCACCAGACCACAAGACGCACCUAGUUUUUGGAGGAGGAAAACAAGAAAAAACAUAUUCUGAAUCUCAGAAGCCAGAACAGCAAGAGGGAUUGCUGCUUUCACUGCGCAGCGAUCCCUCUUGCUGUUCUGGCUUCUGGGAUAGCUGCGCAGCCUGCAUUUGCUCCAUAAGACGCACACACAUUUCCCCUUACUUUUUAGGAGGGAAAAAGUGAGUCUUAUAGAGCAAAAAAUACGGUAGAUAUUCUGGGUCUAUUCCCUCCUCUUUUGCAAGCGUGCCCAGGGAUUGGGGUCAGGGUUGGAGAGGAAGGAAAAAAGGAACCCGGUGGAUUUCGGCGGAUGCAGGCUGCGAGAGAGAUGGAUUGCGUCCCUCCCGUUAUGACCGCAGGAGGGUCAAUUUACUUUCUUCUAAAAUAUUGAUUAGGGCUUUCUCUGCAUUAGCCGGCCAGGCAGAUAAUCUGCCCCUCGCAGCCAGCAGCUGUCUGGAAAUGGACUCCUGGGCGUGUGAGUUCUGCUUCCCGUCCAACUUUUGCAAGCCGCUCGCGAAAGAUGCCUUUAACAACACGGAUUCAGACCAUUUAUUAUUUUUUUGAGGGUCUUUUUAAAAUAAAAAAUUAUUAGGAAUAAUAAUUAAGAUAAAAUAAUUAUAAAUAAUGAUAUAAUAAAAUAAAAAUAAAAAUUAUUAGGAAUAAUAAUUAAGAUAAAAUAAUUAUAAAUAAUAGUAAAAAAAAUUAAAAAAAUUAUAAGGAAUAAUAAUUAAGCUAAAAUAAUUAUAAAUAAAAAUAAACUAAAAUAAAAAUAAAAAAACAUUAGGAAUAAUAAUUAAGAUAAAAUAAUUAUAAAUAAUAAUAUAUAAAAAAAUUAAUAGGAAUCAUAAUUAAGAUAAAUAAGUAUAAAUAAUGAUAUAAUAAAAUAAAAAUAAAAAUUAUUAGGAAUCAUAAGAUAAAAUAAUUAUAAAUAAUAGUAAAAUAAAAUAAAAAUAAAAAAUUAUUAGGAAUCGUAAUUAAGAUAAAAUAAUUAUAAAUAAAAAUAAAAUAAAAUAAAAAUAAAAAAUUAUUAGGAAUCAUAAUUAAGAUAAAAUAAUUAUAAAUAAUAAUAUAAUAAAAUAAAAAUAAAAAAUUAUUAGGAAUUUCAACAUAGCAAUUUUAACAAAGAUACAUCAUCCAAAUUGUUUCCCUCCCCCUUUUUUCCCACCCCUCGCCAAAAUAGAUACCCACCCCCCGACUUCCCUCGGCUCCUAUCUCUGGUUUCUCAACAUAUAUUUUUAUCUGCGUGUUAUAAAAUGGUGAAGAUCCUCAGCUUAUCUAUCCGUCAGUCAGUUUUAUUGCACGUAGCCAAAGGCUGCCGCAAUGUACACAGAACCAUUCAACAAUUAAAAGGAAAUGUACUGGAUUGAUAAAAAAAACUGAAAACGUUUAUGUUAUCAAGACAUUACCUGCUCUAGAAUGUCUUUAGAAUGUUGUAUUAUUUUAUUGCUGUUAGCCGCCCUGAGCCUGGCUUCGGCUGAGGAGGGCAGGAUGUACCGUAUAUUUUGCGCUAUAAGACUCACUUUUCCCCUCCAAACAAGUAAGGGGAAAUGUGUGUGCGUCUUAUGGAGCGAAUGCAGGCUGCGAAGCUAUCCCAGAAGCCAGAACAGCAAGAGGGAUUGCUGCUUUCACUGCGCAGCGAUCCCUCUUGCUGUUUUGGCUUCUGGGAUUCCAGAAUAUUUUUUUUCUUGUUUUCCUCCUCCAAAAACUAGGUGCGUCUUGUGGUCUGGUGCGUCUUAUAGAGCGAAAAAUACGGUAAAUAAUUUAUUAUUAUUAUUAUUAUUAUUAUCUAAACAGAGCUAUAAAAGGACUGGCUAACACCAGUAAAAUUACAAUAAAAACAUAAUGGGGGGCGGAGAAAAAAACCAAUUUUAAAUACGGGUUUAAAUACAAUUUAAAAUGCAGCCUCAUUUUAAUACUAGCCCAUAGAUCGUAGGCUCUGAAACAGACCCGAGGGGCAGUCUGUACAUGGUCAGUGACAUUUCAUUUACGGCCAAACUUUUUUCUUGAAGUUCCCAUAGGGGAGAGCUUGGGACCGCGGUUUUGCCGCGGCCGGUCUGACCGGGAAACCGGCUGGAGCGCCGGGCUGCGGUUGCCGGAGCUCCGAGUUCGAACAAUCCCCCGAGUUGGUUAGGUCAGUUAUCUCCCUUCCUCUCUCUCUUUCUUUUUUUUUAAUAAUAUUUUUUAUUAAUUUUAACAUAUAAAUUAUAAAAUGUACCCCAAAACUUAUCACUUAUACAAUCUUUUUGGACUUCCAUCAGCAUCUCUGAUGAUCCACCGUUUUAACUACUUCUUAUGCAUUUCUUAACUUUAUAUUGCCUUUACAAAUCAUCCUCCCCCUUGUCCAUUUUUGCAAUACUUCCAAUAAUACCCCCCGCAAAACUUCUUGCAACCCUGCAAACGUCGUCUGUUCUUCACAAUGACUUUUCAAAUAGUCCGUAAAUUGACUCCAGUCUUCCGUGAAUUUCUGGUCUCGCCGGUUUCGAAUCCUUCCUGUUAGUUUAUCUAAUUCUGCAUAGUCCAUUAACUUCAUCCUCCAUUCUUCAGUCGUCGGUAACUCUUCUUGCUUCCAUUUCUCUCUCUCUUUCGCCUAGCCUCCCUCGCACGGCCGGCCCCCGAACCUUAACAAACCGAGACAGGCUUGUGUGUCCUGUGAGCUUCUUUGCGGUUUAAUCCUGCUCUGCCGCGGGUUUCAAUCCCCGUGCAUAAAAACAACUGCGUAUUCCUGCCUAGACGGGGCGGGCAGGUGUGGGGGACUCCCUGGUCCUGAAUGGGGCAACUGUGCCCCCGAAGGACCAGGUGCGCAGCCUGGGAGUCAUUCUGGACUCACAGCUGUCCAUGGAGGCGCAGGUCAGUUCUGUGUCCAGGGCAGCUCCAUCUGGUACGCAGGAUGAGACCCUCCCUGCCCGCAGACUGUCUCGCCAGAGUGGUGUGUGCUCUGGUUAUCUCCCGCUUGGACUACUGCCAUGUGCUCUCCGUGGUGCUAAGGUGACCCGGAAACUGCAACUAAUCCAGAAUCCGGCAGCUAAACUGAUGACUGGGAGCGGCCGCCGGGACCACAUAACACUGGUCUUGAAAGACCUACAUUGGCUCCCCGUACGUUUCCGAGCACAAUUCAAAGUGUUGGUGCUGACCUUUAAAGCCCUAAAUGGCCCAGUAUACCUGAAGGAGCGUUUCCACCCCCAUCGUUCUGCCCGGACACCUGGGUCCAUCUCCGAGGGCCUUCUGGCGGUUCCCUCAUUGCGAGAAGUGAGGUUACAGGGAACCAGGCAGAGGGCCUUCUCGGUGGUGGCGCCCGCCCUGUGGAACGCCCUCCCACCAGAUGUCAAAGAGAUAAACAACCACCUGACAUUCAGAAGACAUCUUAAGGCAGCCCUGUUCAGGGAAGUUUUUAAUGUGUGACAUCUUAGUGUAUUUUGGGUCUUUGUGGAAGCCGCCCAGAGUGGCUGGGGAAACCCAGCCAGAUGGGUGGGGUACAAAUAAUAAAUUAUUAUUAUUAGUAGUAGUAGAAGAGGGUUGGAAUGGAUGAUCUUCGGAGGGACCCUUCCAACUUCCGAUUCUGCCGUUCUUCCUGGGUUGACACGUUCGGGGCUCGUUUUAUUUUUAUUUUUUAAUUGUGUGGGCCUCUGGGAUUCCUCCUCCUUCCGGAAGCUGCCUGUUGUGGGUUUUUUUUUGUCCCUCUGGAGGGGGAGACUGAAAUCAGGAGAGGAAUCCGCAAGGAUUCUCAGCCUCGUGUGACAUUUCGGCAGCUGUGCACACCUGCUGUCAUGGAUACGGUCCGGCUUACGUUACCCCUUCAGCGUCGAGCGGAGGGUCAGUUGGAGAGGAGGCGAACGAGGCCAGACCCACAACUUCCUCUGGUUUCCCCCCGCACAAACAAAUAAUAAUAAUUAUUAUUUAUACCCCGCCCAUCUGGCCAGGCCUCCCCGGCCACUCAGGGCGGCUCCCAACAGAAUACAGUGGUACCUCGGGUUACAUAUGCUUCAGGUUACAUAUGCUUCAGGUUACAGACUCCACUAACCCAGAAAUAGCGCUUCAGGUUAAGAACUUUGCUUCAGGAUGAGAACAGAAAUCGUGCUCCAGCGGCGCGGCGGCAGCAGCAGGAGGCCCCAUUAGCUAAAGUGGUGCUUCAGGUUAAGAACAGUUUCAGGUUAAGUACAGACCUCCGGAACAAAUUAAGUACUUAACCCGAGGUACCACUGUAUUAAAAACAGGCUAAAACAUUAAACAUUAAAAAACUUCCCUAAACAGGGCUGCCUUCAGAUGUCUUCUAAAAGUCGGAUACAACGGUCCCUUGGUUCUCAAACGCCUUGGUACUCAAACAACUUGGAAACCAAACACUGCAAAACCGGAAGGAAGUGUUCCGGUUUGCGAACUUUUUUCGGAAGCCGAACGUGCUCCGUUUUGAGUGCCACGCUUCCGAUUUGAGCGUUGUGCUGAGGUCUGUCUGUUUUUGCUAUUUAUUUUGUGCUUUUGUUUCUGCGGCCGUUUCUGUUUUGUUUUUGUGACUGUGUGGAACCCAGUUCACCCAUCGACUGAUUGAUUGAUUGUGUGACUGCAGUACAGUCGUACCUCGGGAUGAAUACACUUCCGCUUAAAUAUUUUCGGGUUGCGCUCCGCGGCGACCCGGAAGUAACGGAACGCGUUACUUCCGGAUUUCGCCGCUCGCGCAUGUGCAGAUGCUCAAAAUGACAUCAUCCGUGGAAGCGGCAAAACGCCAGACGCACAGCCGCAUCUUACGUUCGCUUCAGGAUGCGAACGAGGCUCCAGAAUGGAUCCCGUUCACAUCCAGAGGUACCGUUGUACAGUGGUACCUCAGGUUAAGUACUUAAUUCGUUCCGGAGGUCCAUUCUUAACCUGAAACUGUUCUUAACCUGAAGCACCACUUUAGCUAAUGUGCGGUGGUGGCAGGAGGCCCCGUUAGCUAAAGUGGUGCUUCAGGUUAAGAACUUUGCUUCAGGAUGAGAACAGAAAUUGUGCGGUGGUGGCAGGAGGCCCCAAUUUCUGUUCUCAUCCUGAAGCAAAGUUCUUAACCUGAAGCACUAUUUCUGGGUUAGCGGAGUGUGUAACCUGAAGUGUAUGUAACCUGAAGCGUAUGUAACCUGAGGUACCACUGUACAUUGAUUGUAGCUUUCAUUUUAUGGAUCCACGGUCUUGUUUUCUAUGGGAAAGCAGCGCGCCUUGGUUUUCGAACGCUUUGGUUUCGGAACGGACUUCCGAGUCUGAGAACCAAUGAACACCAAUGGUCUGACUCUGCUUCCUGUGAUUCUGCGCUCUGCUGCAUGCUCUUUAGCCAGCCAGGAAUCGAGCCAGGAUGGGACCUGAUCCGCAGUCAUCUAGCAAUAAUAAUAAUAAUAAUUUUAUUAUUUAUACCCCGCCUAUCUGGCUGGGCUUCCCCAGCCACUCUGGGCGGCUUCCAAAAAAAUAUAUUAAAACACUGCAAUACAUCAAACAUUAAAAGCUUCCCUAAACAGGGCAGCCUUCAGAUGUCUUCUGAAAGUCUGGUAGUUGUUGUUCUCUUUGACAUCUGGUGGGAGGGCGUUCCACAGGGCGGGCGCCACCACCGAGAAGGCCCUCUGCCUGCUUCCCUGUAACUUGGCUUCUCGCAGUGAGGGAACCGCCAGAAGACCCUCGGAGCUGGACCUCAGUGUCCAGGCUGGACAAUGGGGGUGGAGACGCUCCUUCAGGGAUACUGGGCCGUUUAGGGCUUUCAAGGUCAGCACCAACACUUCGAAUUGUGCUCAGAAACGUACUGGGAGCCAAUGGAGGUCUUUCAAGACCGGUGUCAUAUGAUCUCGGGGGCCGCUCCCAGUCACCUGUCUAGCUGCCGCAUUCUGGAUUAGUUGUAGUUUCUGAGUCACCUUCAAAGGUAGCCCCACGUAGAGCGCAUUGCACUAGUCCAAGCAGGAGAUAACCAGAGCAUGCACCACUCUGGUGAGACAGUCCGCGGGCAGGGAGGGUCUCAUCCUGCGUACCAGAUGUAGCUGCCCUGUUCACAGAAUUAACCUGCCCCUCCAUGGACAGCUGUGAGUCCAAAAUGACUCCCAGGCUGCGCACCUGGUCCUUCAGGGGCACAGUUACCCCAUUCAGGACCAGGGAAUCCCCCACACCUGCCCGCCUCCUGUCCCCCCAAAACAGUCCUUCUGUCUUGUCAGGAUUCAACCUCAAUCUGUUAGCCGCCAUCCAUCCUCCAACCGCCUCCAGACACUCACAAGGUACACUGCCAUGGCAGCUGUAGGUUCCAAUUCUGGUCGCUGCGGACCACGCAGCCUAGCUUUUCACUUCCGACAGCUGGGGAGGGGGUUCUUUUUAGAGGAGGGCGAAGCUGGAAUUGGUGGGAGAGUCUCCAGGCACUCACAUAUAUAUUUAACGAAUUCCUUCGACAUUCCUCACAUUUCUGGGAAGGCUGAAGCCGUCCGGCCGUUCCCGUUUACAGCCGAGCGGGCUAUCCAUUUCUCUCGAACUCGGGAUUGCGGGGAGCUGAUUGCAGUUCUUGGCUCACCGCUCAAGAAUGUAGGUGCGAUUGUAAUGGAAUUUUAUUCUUACGGUCACAGACCAGUUCCGGCUCGCUUGCAAUAUCAAGAAAAGCAUAAAACAUAACAGGAAUACAUGGAAUUGCAAUUGGUUAUAACAGAGGCGAUACAGACAUAGCGGCAGUUAGAAAUAUAUAUUAAAAUAAAAUAUAACCUAAAAUUGUCAUUUAAAACCUAAAUGAUUUUGGUAGUACAGUGGUACCUCAGGUUAAGUACUUAAUUCAUUCCGGAGGUCCGUUCUUAACCUGAAACUGUUUUUAACCUGAAGCACCACUUUAGCUAAUGCGGCCUCCUGCUGCCGCGCCGCCAGAGCACGAUUUUUGUUCUCAUCCUGAAGCAAAGUUCUUAACCUGAAGCACUAUUUCUGGGUGAGCGGAGUCUGUAACCUGAAGCGUAUGUAACCCGAGGUACCACUGUACACCUUGUUCCCUAAAUUUUAUGGCAGUUGCUCAGAAUUUGGCCACCCUUAGCGUGAUCUCUAGAUCCUUGUCCUCUACCAGGAGUUUUAGACAUUGACGUUUCGGACCCGUUUGGAGAUUUUUGUAUAACAGGAGUGAUAAAUGCCGAGCGUAUAUCCCUGUAGAAGCGGCAGUGUGACAAGACAUGAGAGACAGGGUGUGAUUUUAGACUUCUGCCAGGAGCCGAAGGCUUUGGGGUUUUCCUCCCUCACCACCUUUUCCAGAUCCUUUUCGGCGCUUCUAGUUCUCAUUGAGCAAGAUGCGGGAAAGUCUCCAUAUCUUGUCCAAAGCAACCCCCAGGAGCAACUUAAAGGUAAAGGGACCCCUGACCAUUGGGUCCAGUCGUGGCCGACUCUGGGCUUGCGGCGCUCAUCUCGCUUUAUUGGCUGAGGGAGCUGGCGUACAGCUUCCGGGUCAUGUGGCCAGCAGGACUAAGCCGCUUCUGGCGAACCAGAGCAGCGCACGGAAACGCCGUUUACCUUCCCGCCGGAAUGGUACCUAUUGAUCUACUUGCACUUCGAUGUGCUUUCGAACUGCUAGGUGGGCAGGAGCAGGGACCGAGCAACGGUCCUUUACCUUUACUUUGUGGGGACUCGGGUGGUGCUGUGGGUUAAACCCCAGAGCCUAGGACUUGCCGAUCAGAAGGUUGGCGGUUCGAAUCCCCGCCACGGGGUGAGCUCCCGUUGCUCAGUCCCUGCUCCUGCCAACCUAGCAGCUCGAAAGCACAUCAAAGUGCAAGUAGAUAAAUAGGUACCACUCCGGCAGGAAGGUAAACGGCGUUUCCAUGCGCUGCUCUGGUUCGCCAGAAGCGGCUUAGUCCUGCUGGCCACAUGACCCGGAAGCUGUACGCCGGCUCCCACGGCCAAUAAAGCGAGAUGAGUGCCACAACCCCAGAGGCGGCCACGACUGGACCCAAUGGUCAGGGGUCCCUUUACCUUUACUUUACUAUCUCUGGAUAUUGCCUGACUACAUAUCCCAUCGUCCCUGAGCUGGCAGGGUGGGGAAUGGAUGGGAACCGGGGUCCCCACGACAUCCUUCGCCGCCCUUAAGAGGGGAUGCCUCUUCUAAACGGAGAUAUUCUCCUCCCUCUUGCACGCAGGACGGCUGCCGUAAUGGAGAGGUUUUCCGAACAGUCUCCGAGGGUCAGCCCCACGCCAACCCCCCCCCAUUGUAGUAGUCAAGCCCCUCUGGGUUGCAAACGGCUGCGUUAACGGGGAGGAAACCUUCUUGGCUUCCCCUUUCAGAAGUCCCAUCCUGUCCCCCCUUUUAAAGAAAGAGAAGUAGUAUCUCUUUGCAUGUACGCAACGCAGCCUGGUCGUGUGGUUUUAUUUUUAAUGACUGGUGCAGCCCCAGCGCACCUGUUUGUUUCUGUGCCGACUCAUUUAAUGGGUUCGCUUCACCUGCAAGUAGUUGCUUUCGGUUCCUCAAUUUCUGUUAGCUUCUUUUUGCCACCCCUCCCUCCCUAUCCGCCCGGUUCUCAAGUCCGGCGGUUGUAGCGUUUUGCCUCGAGCCUCUCUUUCUCAAAAGCGAUGUUGUUGUUGUUGUUUAGUCGUUUAGUUGUGUCCGACUCUUUGUGACCCCCUGGACCAGAGCACGCCAGGCCCUCCUGUCCUCCACUGCCUCCCCCAGUUUGGUCAAACUCAUGCUGGUAGCUUCGAGAACACUGUCCCACCAUCUCGUCCUCUGCCGUCCCCUUCUCCUUGCGCCCUCCAUCUUUCCCAGCAUCAGGGUCUUUUCCAGGGAGUCUUCUCUUCUCCUGAGGUGGCCAAAGUCUUGGAGCCUCACCCUCAGGAUCUGUCCUUCCAGUGAGCACUCAGGGCUGAUUUCCUGAAAAAUGGAGAGGUUUGAUCUUCUUGCAGUCCAUGGGACUCUCAAGAGUCUCCUCCAGCACCAGAAUUCAAAAGCAUCCAUUCUUUGGCGAUCAGCCUUCUUUAUGGUCCAGCUCUCACUUCCAUACAUCACUACUGGGAAAACCAUAGCUUGAACUAUACAGACCUUUGUUGGCAAGGUGAUGUCUCUGCUUUUUAAGAUGUUGUCCCUAAAGCGAUAAUUCCAUCUAAAUCAGACUGGCAAAAAAUAAUAAUACGCCGAACUGGCAAGGUUAUCGGCGAGGUUAAGAGACACUACAGUUGAAAAAGUGGGAGGGUUAUUUUACAGAGUUUUAUAUAAAAGAGCAUUGUCAAAAGAUCAGUCCGUUGGCAGGUCUUGAAUGAACUUCGGUGUGCAAAUAGGACAGUUGUAUGAAACAAAGUUUAUAGUAAGUCAAAUAAUACGUAGAAACUGAAGUUUAAGCGUGUAUUUAAGGAAUUCAGAUCGGGAGUGCAAGGGGGAGAUCAGUGGUCUUGACAAACGUAAUCACAAACAGACGCACAAAGAAAGCAUUAGUUAAAGAAUGAAUAACUGUUUUUAUUUCUCGUUUUGCCCGUAAUAUCUAUUGUACGUUUCCGUUACGAAGUUUUCAACCGAUAAAGCGCUUAAAAGCAAAAAACAGCAAAAAACGAUAAUUCCGAAAUUCUGUGAGAUCUGAAAAAAAAGGAAGGAAGGAUGAAGGAAAGAGAGAGAGAGAGAGAGAGAGAGAGAGAGAGAGAGAGAGAAAGAAAGAAAGAAAGAAAGAAAGAAAGAAAGAAAGAAAAGCAAUUCUUGCACAACUUCCUUCUUCCUUCCAAUCUGCCUGCGUUGAAAUUUGGAAACCAUGAGAACUAGCCACUUAAAAAGUCAACAAAUUUGGGGGUUUCCUAAGAAAAGCUCAACAGCAGCUUUCGGGGUGUCGCCAGUUUCUGGCUUUUUGAGAUGCGGCAAGCCUGAAAUUGUGUACGCACGCCCGAACAUUUUUGUAAAAAUGGGAUUGGGGCCGCUGCCGCCUGCUGGAAGCACCCCCUGAACCAGGGAAUUCUGCCCCCACCCUGGGCAUUUGUGGUCUAAAAAGUCGACGGAUUUUUGCAGGACGUUGCGGAACAGGCGCCGCUUACGGAAUCCACUUCCUGUUUUGUUUUGAAGGUGCGCCGGGGGGGGGGCUGUUCUUAUCCAUUGCCGUUCUUUUAAACCUAGCGUUUUCCAAAGUGUGUGUGUGUGGGGGGGUGUAUAGCCCACUGGGGGGGGCAGUGGAAUUCCCUGGGGGUGUCUCUGGCUCAGUUUGGUUACACCCAUGAAACCGAAAGGUUUUGUUUGGAUUUUGAGUAAACGGCUCGAUGAAUAGUUGCUGGAUUUUUAUUUUUAAGUUAGUAUCUUCUUAGAAGAAACGCAUUUAUUAUAAAAAGAUGGUGGGAGGGGGGAAACGAAGGAAAUUAAGUGAGAUGGGGGGAGGAUACGGUUAUAUUGUUGUUGUUGUUUGUUUAGUCGUGUCCAACUCUUGGUGACCCCCUGGACCAGAGCACGCCAGGCCCUCCUGUCUUCCACUGCCUCCCGCAGUUUGGUCAGACUCAUGCUGGUAGCUUCGAGAACACUGUCCAAAAAUCUCGUCCUCCGUCGUCCCCUUCUCCUUGUACCCUCCAUCUUUCCCAACAUCAGGGUCUUUUCCAGGGAGUCUUCUCUUCUCCUGAGGUGGCCAAAGUCUUGGAGCCUCAGCUUCAGGAUCUGUCCUUCCAGUGAGCACUCAGGGCUGAUUUCCUCCAGAAUGGAGAGGUUGGAUCUUCUUGCAGUCCAUGGGACUCUCAAGAGUCUCCUCCAGCACCAGAAUUCAAAGGCAUCCAUUCUUCGGCGAUCAGCCUUCUUAGUGGUCCAGCUCUCACUUCCAUACAUCACUACUGGGAAAACCAGAGCUUUUACUAUACGGACCUUUGUUGGCAAGGUGAUGUCUCUGCUUUUUAAAGUUAGUAUCUUCUUAGAAGACACUCAUUUAUUAUAAAAAGAUGGCGGGAGGGUGGAAACGAAAGAAAAAUAAGUGAGAUGGGGGGAUACAGUUAUAUUACCGUACGUUAAUAUAUAGAUGUAUAUAUUCUUACCCUAAUACACAUAUCAAAGUUAAUGCAUUGAAUCUUGCUGUGUUGCUACCUUUCUUUGGCGAUCCCUCGUAGCUGAGUAAAAUUGUCUUCCAUAAACAUGGUUUUAACAGUGAGUCCAUAAGUGACUGUGGAGGCCAAUUCUGGAUCCACACGUCCUUCCACAGUGGGGACAUAGGUUUCCGGCGGGAGUUGACCCCGGUGAGGGUUUGCCAAGCGUGCCUCUCUCUUAGCACAUUUCUCCCUUGCGCCCUGAGUUCGAGUGUCUUCAAAGCCCACGACACCUCAUGCGCGCGCUCUCUCUCACGGCGGAGGACCCCAAGCCGCUGCUUCCCUCCCGAGCCGGGCGAGCAUGAAACCCGGGAAAUUUAAGGGACAUCAUCAAUAAGGGACAGCAGCGGGACACGGCGCUGGGAUAAGGGAGUUUCCCGCCAAAUAAGGGACGGUUGACAGCUAUGCUCUUUGGCUGCCGUUUGAAUGUGUUCCUGCGCAGAAUCCGAGACCAGGGAGAAGGGUCGGUGGAAGAAGAUUGGAAAAAAUUUAAAAUAUAUCUUCAAAAAUAUUGUAAUAUUAAAGAUUGUUAGAAAGAUGCUGGAAAAAGAAAAUUAGGUAGUUUUGGUAGAUAUGAUAUAAAGGAUUAAGUAAAAAUGAGCUGAUGAAAUUGAUGAAAGAGAGGAUGUUAAAUUAUAAUAUUUUAAAUUAAAAUACGUAAAUGAAAAUAAGGUUGGAAGGAUUUGCUGAAAAAACGAUCUGAACUAGAAUACAAAAUUGGGAGGUGAGGGGAGGUCAAGGAAAUAAGUAAAGGAAAUAAGUUAUGUAAAGGUUUAAUCUGUUUUUGUCCUAUUUUAAUUGAAUGUAUUUUUAUAUCUUUUGUUUUGUUUGUUUUUAUUUUAUUUUAUUGUUCUUCUUUUCUUACUUUUUGCUCUGUUAUUGUUAAAUUCUUUUUUGUAUUUUGUACUGUUUUUUUCUCCUUUUGUAAUUUUAAACUUGGAAUAAAUAUUAUUAUAUAUAUAUAAAAAUGAAUGUGUUCCUGCGCCGUAGCUGCAUGUAGCCAACUCGGGCAGGGCAGGGGGAAUAAAUAGAAGCGAGACCCCGGGGGCUUGGAAACUCCGCGCGGGGCAUCUCGGCUUCCGACUGACGUGACACGUACGGGAGGACCGGCCAGGAGGUCGGCAACUGGUGCCAGAGAGAGACAUUCCUGUUGACAGCUGCCUAUUAAUAGCUGGGAGCAGGGGCACCUAGUUUCCGCCCGCCGGGGAGCCCAGUGAGGGGAGAGGCAGCUGGCCAAGGGGGAGAGGCGUGUUGCCGUCACACGCCGGAGGUCAUGGGCGUCGCGAUUCGGUCGGCGGGGAGCCAGAAUCUCCCUGCGUUGGACGCAUAGCUGUCAACCGUCCCUUAUUUGGUGGGAAACUCCCUUAUCCCAGCGCCGUGUCCCGCUGCUGUCCCUUAUUGAUGAUGUCCCUUAAAUUUCUCGGGUUUCAUGUUCGCCCGGCUCGGGAGGGAAGCAGCGGCUCGGGGUCCUCUGCUGCACGAGAGAGAGCGCACUGGCGCCGUCGUCCUGGCGCGAGGAGUUCCAUCUGCCCUUCCCCGCCCAAGAGAGAGAGGGGGAGGGAGAGAGACUCUCGCUCACGCCGCCCGCAAGCCCGGAGGUGGCAGCGGUGGCGGCGGCUGAGGAGGCGGCCUGAGGGAGGAGGAAGAGGAGGAGAUGGGGAGGGACGCAGAAGAGCGGCGCUUCAGCGGCCGCGGCGGCGCUACAACCGCCUCAUUCCGGAUUGACAGCAUCUGCCAAUCCUUCCAAUGUUUGUAACUCUUUAUAACAGCAAAAUCCCUUAUUUUCGAGGCUGCUGGUCCCUUAUUUUCAAGGCUGCUGGUCCCUUAUUUUCAAAUCUGUAAGUUGACAGCUAUGGUCGGACGGGUUUGCGUAGCGUCUCCUCCUGCGUGCGUGUUCCUUUAAUGUUAUUAAUAUUCUGUUGGGAGCUGCCCAGAGCGGCUGGGGAAACCCAGCCAGAUGGGCAGGGGAUAAAUAAUAAAUUAUAGUGGACGCUCGGGUUGUGAACGUGAUCCGGGCGGAGGCAUGUCCGCAACAUGCAGCGGCGCAUCUGCGCAUGCGCGGGUUGCGAUUCGGCACUUCUGAACUUCCGGAUUUCGGCAGUCCGCAAGAUGAAAAACAACCUGAAGCAUCUGUAACCCAAGUUUCAAUGUCUAUAGGGGAGAUAUACCUUUAGUCGCGGCCGGAAAUGCAACUGUGUUUUUCCCACGUCACCCUUUUAAUAUCCAGGUGUGCAGUGUGGGGAAUGUGACCCUGUUGCGGAUGAAUCCCAAGGAAGGACAACCUUAAAAUAAAGGUAAAGGGACCCCUGACCAUUAGGUCCAGUCGUGGCCGACUCUGGGGUUGCGGCGCUCAUCUCGCUUUACUGGCCGAGGGAGCCGGCGUACAGCUUCCGGGUCAUGUGGCCAGCAGGACUAAGCCGCUUCUGGCGAACCAGAGCAGCGCACGGAAGCGCCGCUUACCUUCCCGCCGGAGCGGUACCUAUUUAUCUACUUGCACUUUGAGGUGCUUUCGAACUGCUAGGUGGGCAGGAGCAGAGCCGAGCAACAGGAGCUCACCCCGUCAUUGCGGGGAUUCGAACCGCCGACCUUCUGAUCGGCAAGUCCUAGGCUCUGUGGUUUAAACCACAGCGCCACCCACGUCCCAACCUUAAAAUAGGAGUGGAUAAAUUUGUUGAGGGAAGACAAGCCAUAGCAGCGUUGGCCGUAAAUGCCUCAGAAUGCUAGUUAUAGUGGUAUCUUGGUUCUCAAACGCCUUGGUACUCAAACAACUUGGAACCCAAACACUGCAAACUCGGAAGUAAGCGCUCCGGUUUAAGAACUUUUUUCAGAAGCCGAACGUGCUCCGCUUUGAUUGUUAGCUUCCGAUUUGCGUUCCAUUCUUCCGUUUUGAGCGUUACGCUGAGGUCUGUCUCUUUUUGCUAUUUAUUUUGCCUUUUUGUGGCUCUCUUUUUGGGGGGGACAGUGUGGAACCCAUUCCGGCUACUGACGGAUUGAUUAUGCGACUGCAGUACAUUGUUUGUCGCUUUCGUUUUAUGGAUCGAUGGUCUCGUUAGAUAGUGAAAUCCAUGUUGAAUUGCUUGUCUUAGGGGUUUUUUUAAAAGUCUGGGACGGAUUAAUGCGUUUUGCAUUGCUUUCCAUGGGAAAACGCGCCUUGGUUUUGGAACGCUUUGGUUUUGGAACGGACAUCCGGAACGCAUUAAGUUGGAGCACAAAGGUACCACUCUACUGGAUCUCGCAUGUGUGGAGAGUUGCUGUUUUACUCUGAUCCCAAUUACAGUGGUACCUCAGGUUAAGUACAUAAUUCGUUCCUGAGGUCCGUACUUCACCUGAAACUGUUCUUAACCUGAAGCACCCCUUUAACUAAUGGGGCCUCCUGCUGCUGCCACUCCGCCGGAGCACGAUUUCUGUUCUCAUCCUGAAGCAAAGUUCUUAACCUGAAGCACUAUUUCUGGGUUAGCGGAGUCUGUAACCUGAAGCGUCUGUAACCUGAAGUACCACUGUAUAGAUUCCCUCUGGGGAAUCUAGUGGUCUACGGUGAGGACAGGAUCCUGCGUUAGGAGGGUCCCAGUUGGGCCUGAUCCAGCCGCAGGGCUGUUCUUAGGUUCAAAGCAUGGGAAAUUGAGCAACAGCUUGCUAAUUCCCCCGUGCUUUUCGACUGCUGCUCUACACGGCACCGCACCUCUCUCUCGCCCAGAGCGGGACGACACGGGGCUCUGGACGUUGUGUACAUUUUUUGCAGAGUUGCUGACCCGGCAGUUUUCUCUGCCCGCGGAGCCUCUCAUUAGCUGCAGGGCUGGGCUCGGCGGCGCGUUCGGUUUUUGAAAACAAAAGUUUCCACCCGUCCCCGGGUUCCCCACUCCCUUUGCCUCGAGCCGGGCGCCUCUGGGUUGAAAGAACACAUCUUCCUGCCUAACCAUCAAGGCUGAGACAAACCUGACGAGUCUCUUUCCCGGGGAACCUCGGGAAAUUAGCAAUUCGCCGGCUCCCCACGAAGAGACCAGUCUUUGGGGUCGAGGGUGCUUUACUGACCGUGCCCUGAGUUUUCCGAGCGGGUAAUUCAUUUUCCUUGCUUGCUUUAAAGGUAAAGGGUAAAGGGACCCCUGACCGUUAGGCCCAAUGGUGGCCGACUCUAGGGUUGCGGCGCUCAUCUCGCUUUACUGGCCGAGGGUGCCGGCGUCCAGCUUCCGGGUCAUGUGGCCAGCAGGACUAAGCCGCUUCUGGCAAACCAGAGCAGCGCACGGAAACGCCGUUUACCUUCCCGCCGGAGCGGUACCUAUUUAUAUACUUGGACUUUGAGGUGCUUUUGAACUGCUAGGUGGGCAGGAGCAGGGACAGAGCAACGGAGCUCACCCUGUCUUGGGGAUUCAAACCGCCGACCUUCUGAUCGGCAAGUCCUAGUCUCUGUGAUUUAACCCACAGCGCCACCCGUGUCCCUGUUUGUGAUUCUAUAUUGCAAACCACCCUGUGGGCAAGCCAGAAGGGCAUGUGCCACCGAUUCGGGUCUGCCAUCUCCACAUAGACAGAAGCGUUUUUUCUAUGGAAUCUGUUCGAAUAGUCCCUCAAGAACAGCCGAGGGCAAGACAUUCAAUCUUGUGAGAGUAAAAGUGCGUCUGUAUUUUAGAAUUGCUAGGUGAUGCAGAGAGGGUGCCAGAGAGUCAAAGUGGGAAGGUGGAAAACAGUCAUGCCAUGGGCAAAAUGUCCUUAUUGUGGCCAAGUUGUUCUUACACUCAAUAUCAUGUAAAGGAUAAAGGGACCCCUGACCAUUAGGUCCAGUCACGGCCGACUCUGGGGUUGCGGCGCUCAUCUCGCUUUAUUUAUCUCGCUUUAUUUAUCUCUAUAACCAGAGAAUCGCCAAUAUUCUUCAUGUGGACUUUGCUAUUUUAACUGUGCGCAAGUAAAUGUACUUAUUCCGUGUGCCUGUUUUGUAGUUUUGCUUUCCAUGUUUUGAUUUUCACAAGCGAUUCUCUCUGGGUUUAUAGAACUUAUCGAACAAAAUUAAAAAAUCUUUACCAAAAAGAAAGAAAGAUGUAGACCGUGAUGAAAUUGAUCAUCAGUAGCAGAAUCCGAGCAACUCGAACUGAAUUUAUGAAGAAAUGGCUAUUUUUCCUGUUUUUUUGGAAUUGCAGCGAUAACCAUCACCUGCAGCCAAGUGUUCUCGGUUCAUUGGGGGGAAAGAUUACUGUAUUUUUCGCUCUAUAAGACGCACCAGACCACAAGACGCACCUAGUUUUUGGAGGAGGAAAACAAGAAGAAAAAUAUUCUGAAUCUCAGAAGCCAGAACAGCAAGAGGGAUCGCUGCGCAGUGAAAGCAGCAAUCCCUCUUGCUGUUCUGGCUUCUGGGAUAGCUGCGCAGCCUGCAUUCGCUCCAUAAGAUGCACACGCAUUUCCCCUUACUUUUUAGGAGGGAAAAAGUGAGUCUUAUAGAGCAAAAAAUACGGUAAUUGGGAACUUGGUUGUAAACGUAUUGUAAACGUAUUGCUUUGCUGCAGACCUGACUGCGAACCUUAAAAAUACCAAAAGCGAUAUCAUAAAUAUCAUGCUUUAGUCUUUUACUAAUGAAACUGUGAAUUAAAGGUUGGAAUAAGAAAACCUGCGGAAGGGAAGGAGGGAAGUCAAUGGCUCUAUGGAGCAUAAAGUAAGAUAGAUGUCAAAAGACUUGAUAUUUUUGUUUGUUGAAAAUGAAAACUUAAUAAACAGCAUAUUCAAAAAAAAGAAGAGCAACAACGUUUGGAAUGCCCUAUAAGUUUGAAAUAAAAUACACUCUUCUUUAUUAAUUGAGGAAAAAUAACAAAUAAAAAAAAUACCAAAAGCAAAAACGAGAUUUCUGGGUCUCGGCGCUGGGAGUUAGGGUGGCGUUUUUGCGUCUCCCCGUUGGAAAUGGUCUCCGAAUAACGUGUCUCCUUCGUCUUAUGUCGCCUGCAGCUUUACGAACUCGACGGAGACCCGAAAAGGAAGGAAUUCCUGGACGACCUCUUCAGCUUCAUGCAGAAGCGAGGUGAGACGACGACCCACCCCUUUCUUUCUCCCUCCCUGCCUGUCUGUCCGUCUGUCCGGCAAAUCUUUUGCAAUGGAAGCAUUUGCAAAGCCAGCUUUGGGUAAUCUUCCUCUGUGCUUGCUAAGGUCACACACAUACUCACAGCGAGGGGCGUGCCAGUUUGCAGGAAAAUACUUCUGUUGCAUCAAUCUCUGCUCGUCCUACGACGAAAAAAAGGCAAUUAAAAAAAAUUCGUUUAUGCGUUUUUUCCAGUUUUACAUUUACACGUCACGUUAACACCCUUAUACAAUAUUUUACAUAGACCAGGGGUCAGCAGACUUUUUUCAGCAGGGGGCCGGUCCGCUGUCCCUCAGACCUUGUGGAGGGCCGGAUUAUAUUCUGAAGGAAAAAUUAUAUGAACGAAUUCCUGUGCCCCACAAAUAAUGCAGAGAUGCAUUUGAAAUAAAAGUGCACAUUCCACUCGUGUAAAAACACCAGGCAGGCCCCACAAAUAACCCAGAGAUGCAUCUGAAAUAAAAGGACACAUUCUACUCAUGUAAAAACACGCUGAUUCCCGGACUGUCCGCAGGCCGGAUUGAGAAGGUGAUUGGGCCGGAUCUGGCCCCCGGGUCUUAGUUUGCCUACCCAUGACAUAGACCCUGGAAUUAGAUCUAUGUAAAAUAGGUAAUUUCCUACCUAAGAGGUGGAAGUGCACAAACAUCUUAGAGAUUAUUUUAUUAUUUAUUCAUUAUUAUUAUAUUAAUUCAACUUACCGUAUUUUUUGCUCUAUAAGACUCACUUUUCCCCUCCUAAAAAGUAAGGGGAAAUGUGUGUGCGUCUUAUGGAGCGAAUGCAGGCUGCGCAGCUAUCCCAGAAGCCAGAACAGCAAGAGGGAUUGCUGCUUUCGCUGCGCAGCGAUCCCUCUUGCUGUUCUGGCUUCUGAGAUUCAGAAUAUUUUUUUUCUUGUUUUCCUCCUCCAAAAACUAGGGGCGUCUUGUGGUCUGGUGUGUCUUAUACAGCGAAAAAUACGGUAUACACUGCCCUAUACCCGGAGGUCUCAGGGCGGUUCACAACAAGACCACAACAUAUAAAAUCAAAUGAAAAGCAGUAACCUAAGCCACAUUCUAAAAGGGCAUAGGGUGUAAAUCGGAUCGACCAAAGGCCUGGUUAAAAAGGAACGUUUCCCCCCGGCGCCCAAAGGUGUAUAAUGAACGAGUAACGAUGUUAAUUAAAGAGCAAGCAGGUUGGGUCUGUGAUAUAGAGACCACAUCCUUCAGGUGCCCUUAAAAUUAAUCAAUGAGGUGAAUCGUUUACCCAUUCCAUUUAAAAAGCAAAACCUGCGAUGUUUUCAAAGAUUGCCUGGGAAAAGAGAUGGUUAGUGACGUCACGGGUUCGGGCCAAUACGCCGAGACUCCUGCUGCUACGUUGCCUAAUGUGGGUUUUAAGGUAAAGGUAAAGGGACCCCUAACCAUUAGGUCCAGUUGUGGCCGACUCUGGGGUUGCGGCACUCAUCUCGCUUUAUUGGCCGAGGGAGCCGCCGUACAGCUUCCAGGUCAUGUGGUCAGCAGGACUAAGCCGCUUCUGGCGAACCAGAGCAGCGCACGGAAACGCCGUUUACCUUCCCGCCGGAGAGGUACCUAUUUAUCUACUUGGACUUUGAGGUGCUUUUGAACUGCUAGGUUGGCAGGAGCAGGGACCGAGCAACGGGAGCUCACCCCGUCAUGGGGAUUCGAACCGCCAACCUUCCGAUCGGCAAGUCCUAGGUUCUGUGGUUUAACCCACAGCAUUACCCGCGUCUCUUUAAUGUGGGUUUUACUAGGCAAUAAAAACCCACGCUGGCUGGCAGCUGAAGGGAGUGUCGACAAAGGUGGUGGGGAGAGGAGAGAUUUACCUUAAGUCAAGGAAUCCGAUUGUGGGGAGGGGGGUGGCGGUUGUGGGGGCAGAGAAGCAGAUGGCCUUGUCCCAGGAGCUUUGCACGACCGGAAUGUGCAUCUAGGAAAUGAUUACGGGGUGGGGGUGCAAUGGGCGAGGCUGGGCGUAAAGGAAAUUGCAAGAUGCUUUUGUGGGUUUAAGGGAUGCGGGUGGCGCUGUGGGUUAAACCACAGAGCCUAGGACUUGCCGCUCAGAAGGUCGGCGGUUCGAAUCCCCGCGACGGGGUGAGCUCCCGUUGCUCGGUCCCUGCUCCUGCCAACCUAGCAGUUCGAAAGCACGUCAAAGUGCAAGUAGAUAAAUAGAUACCACUCCGGCGGGAAGGUAAACGGCAUUUCUGUGCGCUGCUCUGGUUCGCCAGAAGCGGCUUAGUCCUGCUGGCCACAUGACCCGGAAGCUGUACGCCGGCUCCCUUGGCCAGUAAAGCGAGAUGAGCGCUGCAACCCCAGAGUCGGCCACGACUGGACCUAACGGUCAGGGGUCCCUUUGUUGUUCUUUAGUCAUUUAGUCGUGUCCGCCUCUUCAUGACCCCCUGGACCAGAGCACACCAGGCCCUCCUGUCUUCCUCUGCCUCCCGCAGUUUGGUCAAACUCAUGCUGGUAGCUUCAAGAACACUGUCCCACCACCUCGUCCUCCGUCGUCCCCUUCUCCUUGCGCCCUCCAUCUUUCCCAACGUCAGGGUCUUUUCCAGGGAGUCUUCUCUUCUCAUGAGGUGGCCAAAGUCUUGGAUCCUCAGCCUCACAAUCUGUCCUUCCAGUGAGCACUCAGGGCUGAUUUCUUUCAGAAUGGAGAGGUUUGAUCUUCUUGCAGUCCAUGGGACUCUCGAGUCUCCUCCAGCACCAGAAUCCAAAAGCAUCCAUUCUUCGGCGAUCAGCCUUCUUUAUGGUCCAGCUCUCGCUUCCAUACAUCACUACUGGGAAAACCAGAGCUUUAACUAUACGGACCUUUGUCGGCAAGGAGAUGUCUCUGCUUUUUAAGACGCUGUUUUGGUUUGUCAUCACUUUUCUCCCAAGAAGCAGGCGUCUUUUAAUUUCGUGACUGCUGUCACCACCUGCAGUGACCAUGGAGCCCAAGAAAGCAAAAUCUCUCACUGCCUCCAUUUCACAGGCUGUAAAUAAACUGCCCAUUUUACAGGUAGGAUAGUUAAGGCUGCAAAAAGACCUCUCCUCCUUCCCCCCCCCAAGACCCCCCCCCCCAGCAUCCUCCCUUAAAGUCUCUCUCUCCUGGGAUCCAAGCCAUAGGCCGGCUGGCCCAUCCUCUGGCCGGACACGGUUUAAUCCCGGAAAAUGGCCCGUUCCUUCCUGCAAUAAAACGGUCGGACGAGUGCACCAUCACACAAACAUCUUCUGGCUGAUGGGCGGCUGCCGUCGGCUCUUGUUUUCUCCUCCCGAUUGUUCCUUUUGGCUUUAAGGAAGCAAUAAAUCAAUUAGAGGGGGAAGCGGGGUUUGUUUUGCCCCCCUUUUGAAAGCCGCUCCUUUUGUCCGCUAACUAGGAGUGUCCAUACCCAUUUGUGUGCCAAAAUGGUCUUUUUUUUGUUCAUGGGCCAGGAUUCAGUUUCCCCAAGAACCUCGGGUUUUCGCUGCUUGUUCAAGGUUCUAGACCUCAUGACGGCAUCAUCAACAUCAUUAUUAUAGCUAUUAUUAUUCUUGUGCUCUGCCUUUUUCCUUCCAAGGAGGUCGGGGCUGGUGGCCACGAUCCUCUGCCUCCCCACCCUGUUUUGUCCUGACAACAACCCUGUGAGGUAGGAGAGACAGAGAGAGAGAGAGAGAGAGAGAGAGAGAGAGAUGGAGAGAUACUGUUCCCCGAAAUCGCCCGAUGAGAUUCGCGGCUUGAAUCGUCGCAGGAUAUAAACGUUUUGAGGCGAAUGCAAAACGUUGGACCUGCAGAGAGUUAAAAGCGUCUUUCUUUCUUUCUUUCUUUCUUUCUUUCUUUCUCUCCCACCUCUCCCCUCUCUCUCUCUCUCUCUCUCUCUCUCUUUUUCUUUCUUUCUCUCUCUUUCUCUCUUUCUGUCUUUAUCUCUCUCUCUCUUUUUCUUUCUCUUUCUUUCUUUCAUUCUGUCUCCCUCUCCCUCUCUCUCUCUCUCUCUCUCUCUCUCUCUUUCUCCUUCUCUCUCUCUCUUACUCUCUUUCUUUCUUUCUCCCUUUCUUUCUUUUUCUUUCUUUCUCUUUCUCUCUUUCUUUCUCUCUCUUUCUCUCUUUCUGUCUUUCUUUAUAUAUAUCUCUCUUUCUAUAAUAAUAAUAAUAAUAAUUUAUUAUUUGUACCCUGCCCAUCUGGCUGGGUUUCCCCAGCCACUCUGGGCGGCUUCCAACAAAGAUGAAAAAUACACUAAAAUGUCACAUAUUAAAAACUUCCCUGAACAGGGCUGCCUUCAGAUGUCUUCUGAAUGUCAGGUAGUUGUUUAUCGCUAUGACAUCUGAUGGGAGGGCGUUUCACAGGGCGGGCGCCACCACCGAGAAGGCCCUCUGCCUGGUUCCCUGUAACUUGGCCUCUCGCAGCGAGGGAACUGCCAGAAGGCCCUCGGAGCUGGACCUCAGUGUCCGGGCUGGACGGUGGGGGUGGAGACGCUCCUUCAGGUAUACUGGGCCGUUUAGGGCUUUCAAGGUCAGCACCAACACUUUGAAUUGUGCUCAGAAACGUCCUGGGAGCCAAUGUAGGUCUUUCAAGACUGGUGUUAUAUGGUCUCGGCGGCCGCUCCCAGUCACCAGUCUAGCUGCCGCAUUCUGGAUUAGUUGUAGUUUCUGGGUCACCUUCAAAGGCAGCCCCACGUAGAGCGCAUUGCAGUAGUCCAAGCGGGAGAUAACCAGAGCAUGCACCACUCUGGCCAGACAGUCCGCGGGCAGAUAGGGUCUCAGCCUACGUACCAGAUGGAGCUGGUAAACAGCCGCCCUGGAUACAGAUUUGACCUGCGCCUCCAUGGACAGCUGUGAGUCCAAAAUGACUCCCAGGCUGCGCACCUGGUCCUUCAGGGUCACAGUUACCCCAUUCAGGACCAGGGAAUCCUCCACACCUGCCUGCCUCCUGUCCACCAAAAACAGUACUUCUGUCUUGUCAGGAUUCAACCUCAAUCUGUUAGCCGCCAUCCAUCCUCCAACCGCCUCCAGACACUCACACUGGACCGUCACCGCCUUCACUGGUUCUGAUUUAAAAGAGACGUAGAGCUGGGUAUCAUCCGCAUACUGGUGAACACCCAGCCCAAACCCCCUGAUGAUCUCUCCCAUCUCUCUCUCUGUCUCUCUCUCUCUUUUUCUUUCUUUCUUUCUUUCUCUCUCUUUCUGUCUUUCUUUAUCUCUCUCCUUCUCUCUCUCUCUCUCUGUCUCUUUCUCUCCCCCCUCUCUUUCUGUUUUUCUCCCUCUCUCUCAUUUCGGCCCCGAGCAGAUGCGGAAAGGUCUCGAUUUGAAUGCACCAAACCUUUCGGGGAAAAACAGCCUGAUGCAAAUUGGAGGCUCUGUGGCUUGUCUUUGGUCAAAGGUGUUGAGGAAGCGGCAACAGAGUCCUGUUUGCUUUCUGAAACCUGCCAGGGUGUUUGUUUCAGAAUAGGCAGGCGUGCAAAUAGAGCACAUCCGACGAAGAGAGGCAGCGCGGUGUAAUGGUUAGAGCGCUGGUCCUGGGGGAGACCAGGGAUCAAAUCCCCCCCCCUAAAAAAACAACCCUCUGAUUAUGAUAAUAAUAGCAGAAAGCAGUGAAAUAAUGCGGUCGGUUCUGUCAAGCACUGAACGCUGAAUGAAAAACUUCUCCCCGCUGCCUGCUCCGCAAGCUCCGGGGACAGCUGGGAGACGCAGCGCGUCUUCCUGCUGUCCCCGGACCUGAUCUCAAGGCGGGCGGCGGGGAGAAGAGCGCUUCUCCCCGCUGCCUGCCCCACAAGCGCCUGGGGGGGAAAUAAAAUUUUUUUUCUUUAUUUCCCCCCAAAAAACUUGAUGCGUCCUAUGGGCCGGUGCGUCCUAUGGGGCGAAAAAUACGGUAUAUGCCACCCAUCUGACUGAGUUGCCCCAGCUGCUCUGUGGAGAUUCCAACAAGUUAAAACACCCAACACAAUAAAAAAUAAAACUUUAAGAACUUCCCUGUGUUUCAGGGUCAUCGUGGAGAUUAAAUUUGGAGCCAGGGCAACAGCAGGGGAAAGUAACAAGCCCUGAAACACAAAGCACUCCAUCUGAGAGAGGAUGAUGGUGAUAAUAAUAAUAAUAGCAAUAAUUUUAUUAUUUAUACCCCGCCCAUCUGGCUGGGUUUCCCAGCCACUCUGAGCGGCUUACAGCGUAUACAAAUAAAGCAUCAAACAUUAAAAACUUCCCCAAACAAGGCUGCCUUCAGGUGUCUUCUAAAAGUUCUUUAUCUCCUUGAGACCUGAUGGGCGCCACCACCAAGAAGGCCAUUUGGCGAUUAGCUUUUAUAUCUAUCUUGAUAUCUAUCUAUCUAUCUAAGGGACACGGGUGGCGCUGUGGGUUAAACCACAGAGCCUAGGACUUGCCGAUCAGAAGAUUAAAACAUUAAAAGCUUCCCUAAACAGGGCUGCCUUCAGAUGUCUUGUAAAAGUCUGGUAGUUAUUUUUCUCUUUGACAUCUGGUGGGAGGGCGUUCCACAGGGCGGGUGCCACCACCGAGAAGGCCCUCUGCCUGGUUCCCUGGAACUUGGCUUCUCGCAGGGAGGGAACCGCCAGAAGACCCUCGGAGGUGGACCCUGGUGUCCGGGCUGGACAAUGGGGGUGGAGAGGCUCUUUCCAGGGUCAUUUGCCCAUGGACAAGCACAGGAAAAUACAUCUACCCCAAAAUGCAGCGAGUGGCGGUCUACAUCAAUCCCUGCAAUGCCUCCCUAAUCCUUAAAAUUGUCUAAUUAUAUCAGGAAGGGAACCUGCCCUUCUGAUUUUGCCAUUGAAUGCCUGGUUCUUCCGGCGGAGACUGUGCCCCGCGGCUCAGAAACCUGAGGGGCGAGUCGAGGGAGCUGCCGGUUCGAAUCCCGCCUCGUAACCCGAACUUGCUGGUCUGGUCCGUCAUAGCAGCAGCAGUUGUAAUGAAAAUAAAAAUGAAAGGAACUUUUAAAGGCUUUGAUGGAAUCAUUUCACAACUAGCUUCCAGGUGCGCAGCCUGGGAGUCAUUUUGGACUCACAGCUGUCCAUGGAGGCGCAGGUCAAUUCUGUGUCCAGGGCAGCUCCAUCUGGUACGCAGGAUGAGACCCUCCCUGCCCACGGACUGUCUGGCCAGAGUGGUGCAUGCUCUGUUUAUCUCCCGCUUGGACUACUGCCACGCGCUCUCUGUGGGGCUGCCUUUGAAGGUGACCCGGAAACUACAACUAAUCCAGAAUGUGGCAGCCAGACUGGGGACUGGGAGCGGCUGCUGGGACCACAUAACACCAGUCCUGAGAGAUCUGCAUUGGCUCCCAGUACGUUUCCGGGCACAAUUCAAAGUGUUGGUGCUGACCUUGAAAGCCCUAAAUGGCCCAGUAUCCCUGAAGGAGCAUCUCCACCCCCAUCGUUCUGCCCGGACACUGAGGUCCAUCUCCCGAGGGCCUUCUGCCGGUUCCCUCAUUGCGAGAAGUGAGGUUACAGGGAACCAGACAGAGGGCCUUCUCGGUGGUGGCGCCCGCCCUGUGGAACGCCCUCCCUUUAGAUGUCAAGGAAAUAAGCAGCUGUCCUAUCUUUAAAAGACAUCUGAAGACAGCCCUGUUCAGGGAACUUUUUAAUAUUUAAUGCUGUACUGUUUUUAACACUUGAUUGGGAGCUGCCCAGAGUGGCUGGGGAAACUCAGCCAGGUGGGUGGGGUAUAAAUAAUAAAUUAUUAUUAUUAGUCAUGGAUAUUUUUAGCUGGCUAGGAUGAGCCCUGGAAGUCCCUUCCGAUUCUGUGAUUCCGUGCCGAAUUCGGUGGCCGCAGUCUUUAGGAGAGUUAUCGGAAAGCACAGAGACUUUUGUCGCCGCCACGGUCAGCUUCAGCCGGCGAGCGAGGCUGCGAUUCAGCCCCUGCCCAUCUGCAAUUUUUGCUGCUUUCUCUCUUCAUCUGCAGGGACGCCGGUCAACCGCAUCCCCAUUAUGGCCAAGCAGGUCCUCGAUCUGUACAUGCUCUAUGUCCUUGUGACCGAGAAGGGCGGCUUGGUGGAGGUGAUCAACAAGAAGCUCUGGCGGGAGAUCACAAAGGGGCUGAACCUGCCCACGUCCAUCACCAGCGCGGCCUUCACCUUGCGCACUCAGUAAGUCUUGCCCCGCAACCCAGAACGGCCCCCGGGAUGUUCCCAGGGGCCGGAGCUACCGCUUUAGGAAAGGGGCGCAGCUGCCGGUUCAUAGUGGUGGUUUUCGCCCCGUGUGAAAUUGUCAUAAUCUCAAAUCCUGUGUAGUUUUCUCUGUUGCAAAGCUGCAGAGUGACUGGUACCCAGAGUCCAGUUUUAAGAAUUAAAGCUGUUUCUCGUUGGUCUGCAAUUAUUAUUUGAGCUGCCCGGGGCAUAUAUAGAAUAAUAAUAAUAAUAAUAAAUUUUAUUGAUAUCCCGCCCUCCCCAACCAAAGCCGGGCUCAGAGUGGCUAACAUCAAAUGUAUAACACAUUAAGAUAAUAAUAAUAAAUUUUAUUGAUAUCUCAAGAGCUGUCCUGCGGAAGACGGAGCGAGCUUCUUUUCUCUCACUCUGGAGGGCAGGACUCGAACCCGUGGCUUCACGUCAGAAGGAAGGAGAUUCCGACUCCACGUUUGGCCGUGGGGUGGGAGGCGGUUUUCAUCCUAUUUUCUUUUUUGGGGGGUUCAUAAUUCUUUAGGAAGGCUUACCGUAUUUUUUGCUCUAUAAGACUCACUUUUUCCCUCCUAAAAAAUAAGGGGAAAUGUGUGUGCGUCUUAUGGAGCGAAUGCAGGCUGCGCAGCUAUCCCAGAAGCCAGAACAGCAAGAGCGAUUGCUACUUUCACUGCGCAGCGAACCCUCUUGCUGUUCUGGCUUCUGAGAUACAGAAUAUUUUUUUUUCUUCUUUUCCUCCUCCAAAAACUAGGUGCGUCUUGUGGUCUGGUGCGUCUUAUAGAGCGAAAAAUAUGGUAGUUUCCAGUGGAUCAAGGGUGCUUUGGGAAGAAAUUUACGUAUAAUUCUAUAUGGAGACGCACCCUUGAAUUUUUGAAAGCGGGGGAAUGGGCUCAUUCUGACCCCAUCUUUUCUCCCCCUCCUCUCUCUCUCUUUCUCUUUCUCUCUUCUUCUUCCUUCUCUCCCAUUCUCUUCCCCCACCUAUUACAUCCACCCUAAUCAAGGCUAAAGUUAAUUAGUCUGGAAUUCAGAGGACCAGGUGGCGGAAAAAGGAUUUGUGGGUGGGGAUUUGUGGGUGGGGAGGGAGGGGUGGCCCGGGGGGGGGGGAGGUGAGUGGGAGGAGAGCUGUUAACUCCUUCGUAGCUGUAAACCCGACUCCCUUUCUCUUAAAAAAAGAAACAGCGUCUUGCCUGUCCUUAAAUGCUGCCAGAAGAUUCGAAAAAGCACCUAGUUUGUGUGUCUGUGUGUGUGUGUGUGUGUGUGUGUGUGUGUGUGUCUGUGUGUGCAGAACACCUAGAAAAACACAAUAAACCAUCAAACAUUAAAAAAAACUUCCCUAUCCCUAUCUCCUUGACUUGGGGGUUGCAUAACUCCAUCCCCUCCAACCUUUCUCCCGUGAAAAGAGGGACGUCCUAUUCCAUCCCCUCCAACGUUUCUCCCCUGAAAAUAGGGAUGUCCUAUUCCAUCCCUUCCAAUGUUUCUCCGGUGAAAAUAGGGACAUCCUAUUCCAUCCCCUCCAACGUUUCUCCCCUGAAAAUUGUUGUUGUUUAAUCGUUUAGUCGUGUCUGACUCUUCAUGACCCCCCUGGACCAGAGCACGCCAGGCACUCCUGUCUUCCACUGCCUCUCGCAGUUUAGUCAAACUCAUGCUGGUAGCUUCAAGAACACUGUCCCACCAACUCGUCCUCCGUCGUCCCCUUCUCCUUGCGCCCUCCAUCUUUCCCAACAUCAGGGUCUUUUCCAGGGAGCCUUCUCUUCUCAUGAGGUGGCCAAAGUCUUGGAGCCUCUGCUUCAGGAUCUGUCCUUCCAGUGAGCACUCAGGGCUGAUUUCCUUCCAAAUGGAUCACUUUGAUCUUCUUGCAGUCCAUGGGACUCUCAAGAGUCUCCUCCACCACCAUAACUGAGAAGCAUCAAUUCUUCUGCGAUCAGCCUUCUUGAUGGUCCAGCUCUCACUUCCAUACAUCACUACUGGGAAGACCAUGGCUUUAACUAUACGGACCUUUGUUGGUACCCCUGAAAAUAGGGACGUCCUAUUCCAUCCCCUCCAACGUUUCUCCCCUGAAAAUAGGGACGUCCUAAUCCAUCCCCUCCAACGUUUCUCCUGUGAAAAUAGGGAUGUCCUAUUCCAUCCCCUCCAAUGUUUUUCCCCUGAAAAUAGGGACGUCCUAUUCCAUCCCCUCCAACGUUUCUCCCCUGAAAAUAGGGACGUCCUAUUCCAUCCCCUCCAACGUUUCUCCCCUGAAAAUAGGGACGUCCUAUUCCAUCCCCUCCAACGUUUCUCCUCUGAAAAGAGGGACGUCCUAUUCCAUCCCCUCCAACGUUUCUCCCUUGAAAAGAGGGACGUCCUAUUCCAUCCCCUCCAACGUUUCUCCCCUGAAAAGAGGGACGUCCUAUUCCAUCCCCUCCAACGUUUCUCCCCUGAAAAGAGGGACGUCCUAUUCCAUCCCCUCCAACGUUUCUCCCCUGAAAAUAGGGACGUCCUAUUCCAUCCCCUCCAAUGUUUCUCCCCUGAAAAUAGGGACGUCCAAUUCCAUCCCCUCCAACGUUUUCCCCCUGAAAAUAGGGACAUCCUAUUCCAUCCCCUCCAACGUUUCUCCCCUGAAAAUAGGGACGUCCUAUUCCAUCCCCUCCGUUUCUCCCCUGAAAAUAGGGAUGUCCAGUUCCAUCCCCUCCAACGUUUCUCCUCUGAAAAGAGGGACGUCCUAUUCCAUCCCCUCCAACGUUUCUCCCUUGAAAAGAGGGACGUCCUAUUCCAUCCCCUCCAACGUUUCUCCCCUGAAAAGAGGGACGUCCUAUUCCAUCCCCUCCUACGUUUCUCCCCUGAAAAUAGGGACGUCCUAUUCCAUCCCCUCCAACGUUUCUCCCCUGAAAAUAGGGACGUCCUAUUCCAUCCCCUCCAACGUUUCUCCCCUGAAAAUAGGGAUGUCCUAUUCCAUCCCCUCCAACGUUUCUCCUCUGAAAAUAGAGAUGUCCUAUUCCAUCCCCUCCAACGUUUCUCCCCUGGAAAUAGGGACGUCCCAUUCCAUUGGAAUAGGGGGCCAACUCUGUCCAUCUUGGCAGCGUGCGUUGAAUCGAACAAAGCGCAAAUGGUUGAUUUUUGUGUGUGUAUCUUUUUCCCUGGAAAGGUACAUGAAGUAUUUGUACCCCUAUGAGUGUGAGAAGAGAGGUCUGAGCAACCCCAAUGAGUUGCAAGCCGCCAUUGACAGCAACCGCCGUGAGGGUCGCCGGCAAGGCUUCAGCGGCUCCAUCUUCACGUACUCGCCCAGUGGCACCCAUGGCAUGCUGUCCUCGCCGAAGCUCCAAGUGCCAACGCUGGGGUUACCGUCGACCACUAAUGGCAGCUCCUUGGCCUCCGUCCCGAAAAUCAAAAAAGGUACGGCAGCCGAUUGCCUCGCGCGUUUGGUUCCGCACACGUUUUGUGCCCCUCUCUUCAACCUAAAAGGUCUCCCGGGUUGGCUUAAAAAGGUAAAGGGACCCCUGACCAUUAGGUCCAGUCAGCGGCGUAGCGUGGGUUGUCAGCACCCGGGGCAAGGCAAGUAAUUUGCGCCCCCUAACCCGGGGCAAGGCAAGUAAUUUGCUCCCCCUAACCCGGGGCAAGGCAAGUAAUUUGCGCCCCCUAACCCGGGGCAAGGCAAGUAAUUUGCGCCCCCUAACCCGGGGCAAGGCAAGUAAUUUGCGCCCCCUAACCCGGGGCAAGGCAAGUAAUUUGCGCCCCCUAACCCGGGGCAAGGCAAGUAAUUUGCGCCCCUUAACCCGGGGCAAGGCAAGUAAUUUGCGCCCCCUAACCCCUAACCUGCCGCCGCUGCCAGCUUCUUCUUGCUGCUGCCUGGGCUGGUCUGGUGUGGUUCUCUCCCGCGCUCAGCGCUGCGCUGGGCGGCCGCUGCACUGUCCCCCCCCAGAUAGUCCCUCGCUCUCUCUCCGCACCGCAUGCCUGGCACCCACCCCUCCACAGUGGGCGGCGACCCAGCGGCUCGGAUCGGAUUCGCACAGCCAGCACUGCAGUGAGAGAGAGUGAGUGAGCCAGGUAGGGGCAGAGAGCUGCGAGUGCGAGCGCGCCCCCCCCCAGAUGUUGCGCCCGGUGCAGCCGGCCCCCCCUGCACCCCCCACGCUACGCCACUGGGUCCAGUCAUGGCCGACUCUGGGUUUGCAGCGCUCAUCUCACUUUAUUGGCCGAGGGAACCGGCGUACAGCUUCCGGGUCAUGUGGCCAGCAGGACUAAGCCGCUUCUGGCGAACCAGAGCAGCGAACGGAAACGCCGUUUACCUUCCCGCCCGAGCGGUACCUAUUGAUCUACUUGCGCUUUGACGUGCUUUUGAACUGCUAGGUUGGCAGGAGCAGGGACCGAGCAAUGGGAGCUCACCCCGUCAUUGCGGGGAUUCAAACCGCCAACCUUCUGAUUGGCAAGCCCUAGGCUCUGUGGUUUGAUUGCCCUUUUUGCUGUCUUUUUAUUUGUAUGUACAGUGGUACCUCGGGUUACAUACGCUUCAGGUUACAGACUCCGCUAAGCCAGAAAUAGUGCUUCAGGUUAGGAACUUUGCUUCAGGAUGAGAACAGAAAUCGCGCAGUAGCGGCGUGGCGGCAGCGGUAGGCCCCAUUAGCUAAAGUGGUGCUUCAGGUUAAGAACAGUUUCAGGUUAAGAACAGACCUCUGGAACGGAUUAAGUACUUAACCUGAGGUACCACUGUAUUGCUUGUUUUAUGUUGCUAUGGCCGUUGGCUAAGGCGAAUAAAGUUUAUCCAUCUAUCUAAAAAAAUAAUAAUAAUCUCCCUGUAUCGCUCUCCAUCUCACCUGUCUGCACCUCUUUGCGCUAAAGGAGCUUUCCUUUUUGUUGUUGUUCUUGCAACACCUGCAGAGGAGGAGACGGCCAUCCCAAUCGGCGUGCCCGGCCGCCUGCCCGUCUCGCUGGCGGGCCACCCGGCCAUCGCGGCCCAAGCCGUCCAAGCGGCGGCGGCCCAGGCGGCAGCGGCAGCUCAGGCCGCCGCACUGGAGCACCUGCGGGAGAAACUGGAGUCCGGGGAGCCCCCGCAGAAGAAGAUCGCUCUCGUGACGGACGAACAGCAACGGUUGAUGCAGAGAGCGCUCCAGCAGAAUCUCCUGGCCAUGACGGCUCAGCUCCCCAUGAGUAUCCGCAUCAACAGCCAAGGGACGCGCUCUCCAGGUAUCCUUGAUCUCUUGCCUUGCCCAGAUGGAGAGAACGUUCUUGAAAGACCUCAGUUGGCUCCCAGGAUGUUUCCGAGCACAAUUCAAAGGGUUGGUGCUGACCUUGAAAGCCCCAAACGGCCCAGUAUCCCUGAAGGAGCGUCUCCACCCCCAUCGUCCAGCCCGGACACCUGGGUCCAUCUUCCGAGGGCCUUCUGGCUGUUUCCCUCCCUGCAAGAAGCGAGGUUACAGGGAACCAGGCAGAGGGCCUUCUCGGUGGUGGCGCCCUCCCACCAGAUGUCAAAGAGAACAACAAUUACCAGACUUUUAGAAGACAUCUGAAGGCAGCCCUGCUUAGGGAAGCUUUUAAUGUUUUAUGUAUUACAGUAUUGUAAUAUUUUUUUGGAAGCCCCGCCAGAUGGGCGGGGUAUAAACAAUAUAUUAUUAUUAUUAUUAUUAUUAUUAUUAUUAUUUAUUAUUUAAUGAUUUGUGUGUGGACAUUAGGCACCUGUAAAGAUAAAGGUAAAGGGACCCCUGACCACUAGGUCCAGUCGCGGACGACUCUGGGGUUGCGGCGCUCAUCUCGCUUUAUUGGCCGAGGGAGCCGGCGUACAGCUUCCGGGUCAUGUGGCCAGCAGGACUAAGCCGCUUCUGGCGAACCAGAGCAGCGCACGGAAACGCCGUUUCCCUUCCCGCCGGAGUGGUACCUAUUUAUCUACUUGCACUUUGAUGUGCUUUCGAACUGCUAGGUGGGCAGGAGCAGGGACCGAGCAACGGGAGCUCACCCCGUCAUUGCAGGGAUUCAAACCGCCGACCUUCUGAUCAGCAAGUCCUAGGCUCUGUGGUUUAACCCACAGCGCCACCCGCGUCCCUUAGGCACCUGUACAGGUGUGGAAAUUUGCAUGUCUUUCCCGCCCACUUUUGCCCCUGGCCCCGCCCCCGGAAGGGAAACGGCUGUCUGCCUGCCUCUGUCUUACCCCCCUCCUUUAUUGCCUUCCAGAAAACCGCCAAGACUCCGCCAUGAAUUUGGCCACCAAUGGGACAAACAGCAUCAACAUGUCGGUUGAGCUCAACGGCAUCGUUUAUACAGGUAAACCCAGUUGAAGGAACCUCGGGAAGGAGGUUUCGGACAGCCUCACAAAACCAGUCUUUUUUUUUAAAAAAAAUCAUUUUUAUUGAUUUUCCAAUAAAAACCAUCCAAUUCAUAUAUCCAGUCAUACUACUACUCCAAUUAAAAUAAAAAACUAAAAUAAAAAAGAGCAAAUUAUAGCCCAGUCUUAAGUUUGCUAAGGUCGCAAGCUCCGAAGGUUGCAAGAUUACCUUACCUACUCCUGUAAGAUGAAAGCUGAGGACGGGUUUUUGCAUUUAAAAUAAAAAUUGUUUGCAAAAAGAACAUACCUGAAACAGGUGCAAGCAUCCCAGAAAGAAAGAAAGAAGACAAUGAAUCGAAAGAUUUAAACUGUAAAGUGUAUUAUUAAUAUUAUUAAUAUUAUUAUUUGCAGCCUCAAAGGACGAAGUACAUAAAUGCAGCUCUGCUGCAAAGGGAUAGUAAAGUUUGUAAGUCACGCAAAUGUUCCCUUUGCACAUAAUAAAGCUAUAAAUAUAAAAAUGGAAACGUUCUGCCCCUGUGAGUUGCAUCGCUAUUGAGAAUCAAAGCUGAAUGUAGUCUUAAUUGAGCCGGAAUUUGCAUGUACUGGGGACACCACGUGCCUCAAUGUUUGUAUAAGAAAUAAAAUUCCCUUUUUAAUGGUAACUCAAUCUCUGCCCUUUUCCGGGAGGGCAAUUUGCCAACUCUCUGAAUCCAAUUUACGAAGACUGAAGGUCUUCGAGGAUUUGGCAGUGUGACCCCGGGCCCCUGUUAAGAGAAUAAAAAUAAGCUCUUAACUUUUCAAAUCCACAAGCAGGUUCAAGAGCGCCUGGUGGAAAAAUGGCACCAUAGUUUGCUUAAACAGUGGUACCUCGGGUUAAGUACUUAAUUCGUUCCGGAGGUCCGUUCUUAACCUGAAACUGUUCUUAACCUAAAGCACCACUUUAGCUAAUGGGGCCCCCUGCUGCCGCUGCACGAUUUCUGUUCUCAUCCUGAAGCAAAGUUUUUAACCUGAGGUAAUAUUUCUGGGUUAGCGGAGUCUGUAGCCUGAAGCGUAUGUAACCUGAGGCACCACUGUAGUUGCCAAGGAAAUCUCUGCAAACGCCUUGCUCCAAAAUUCACCCGCCUUUGAGCAGCUCCACCACAAAGGCUGAUAGGUGCCAUCUAAGGGUUGAAAAUGUGUUUGCAGGCACAGCAAAUGAGCCAUUCUCCUUCCCUCCUUUGGUACCUGUUGCAAUGGGUGGAAACCCCAUUGCAGAACCCAUAUUUCUCACUGCACAAUAAAAUUGCAAGGGACGCGGGUGGCGCUGUGGGUUAAACCACAGAGCCUAGGGCUUGCCGAUCAGAAGGUCGGCGGUUCGAAUCCCCGCAAUGACGGGGUGAGCUCCCGUUGCUCGGUCCCUGCUCCUGCCAACCUAGCAGUUCGAAAGCACGGCAAAGUGCAAGUAGAUAAAUAGGUACCGCUCUGGCGGGAAGGUAAACGGCGUUUCCGUGCGCUGCUCUGGUUUGCCAGAAGUGGCUUAGUCCUGCUGGCCACAUGACCCGGAAGCUGUACGCUGGCUCCCUUGGCCAGUAAAGCGAGAUGAGCGCCGCAACCCCAGAGUCGGCCACGACUGGACCUAAUGGUCAGGGGUCCCUUUACCUUUACCCUAUCUCCUCUCAAAGCAAUUGCUGAAAGGCAGCAGCCGCGGCUUUUGUAGGGUCUCUUAAUAAUAUUAAUAAUAAUUAAUAAUAAUAAUUUAUACCCCGCCCAUCUGACUGGUUUUCCCCAGCCACUCUGGGCAGCUUCCAACAGAGUAUAAAAAUACAAUAAUCUAUUACACAUUAAAAGCUUCCCUACACAGGGCUGCCUUAAGAUGUCUUCUAAAAGUAGUUUUUUAUUUCCUUGACAUCUGAAGGGAGGGCGUUGCACAGGGCGGGCGCCACCACCGAGAAGGCCCUCUGCCUGGUUCCCUGUAACCUCACUUCUUGCAAGGAGGGAACCGCCAGAAGGCCCUCGGUGCUGGACCUCAGUGUCCGGGCAGAACGAUGGGGGUGGAGACGCUCCUUCAGAUAUACUGGGCCAUUUAGGGCUUUCAAGGUCAGCCCCAACACUUUGAAUUGUGCUCAGAAACGUCUGAUGCAACCGGGAUUAAGGGACCAGUCGGGUGUUUAGGCUGGGGAGAAGGAACAGGUCCAGGGUUCCGGUGGCCCACCAAUUGUCUCUUCCAUCCUCCUCCAGGUGUGCUGUUUGCCCAAACUCCGGGGCCCUCAUCCUCCCACAGCAAAGGAAACUCCAACAGCGGCUGCGGCACCUCGCAGGGCGGGCAGCCCGCCAGCGCCCCGCAGACUGCUUUCCCCGCCGCGCCGACAUCUACCUCAACCAAUUCCUCGUCGCCUUAA